GCGUCAGGCUUUGAGGCGUCCACGUAUAUUAUGUCUAUGCACACAACAGCGACACUUCCGGUUGGAAACUUCAUCUUCGGCUUCUUUAUGUUUAAUAGCGGGCCUAACUUUAAGGUGUAUACCGCCACCUGCUGUAGCGGAGUGAUAGAAGAGAUCCAGUUUUUUAAUUUAGUGAAAAAAGAGAGAGAAAACCAAAAACAAACAAACAAACAGAAAAAACCUCAUGCAGAUCUGGUUGUAUCUCCUUACAGAGAAAUAUGCAUAUCAAUAUCCACAAACACUUUUUUAUUAAUGAGUGCUUUUACAGUAAGCACACCCUGUCCCCAUUGAUUUCCAGUGUUGCCUCUCUCACCUUUAGUCGCAAUCCUUUACUGACAUCUUUGUAUUUUACACAAUGCAUAAAUACAUGUAUAUUAUUUUCUCCUGUACUGCAACAAUCUCAGAUUUCUGAACUAAUAGGUCAUGUCAUGUAAUGGAACCCUCUUGUGGUCUCCAGGUACAGCUCUACAUUAAUCUACCAGAAGGAGACGCCAUAGGCUCAUUUUCAUGAGCUGGCUGGAAGACUUUUUAUGAAUCAUUCACCUGACAUGAAACAAUAAAGCGGCUGGAUCAAUGAGGUUUCCAACAUUUGAUAAUAUCUUUUUACAUCUGUUUUCUUUUUCAGAGUUUUUCCUCUUUUACAAAUAGUUAUUGUUAAAUGUGCUGAUGUUGGUUUGUCAGAAACAACAGUCUUCUAUUAGUUAAGCACAGCAAAAAUGUCUUUAGGUGCAGUCCCAUUAUUGUUAAAUUGUUAAUUGUCACCGGUUGAACUAAAAUCUCUGUCACAUUUACAUAUCAUGACAAGAUACCAGAAACUUUUUGUUGACUGAAAAAAUUCGUGACAGUUGUUUCUUCUCCCUGAACACUAAAUGCAGUAUGUUUAUUAGAACUCUUGCUAUUUUUGUUUAAAGUUUUUGCCAACACUCUUUCCAACAGAUUAGUAAGUGUGAAGGUUGAGAAACAUGUAGGCGUGGGUUGAUGUCAACGAACAAAAAAUCCUCCUCAACAGAUGGCCGAUGUUUUACAGAGAACAGCCAGACACUUUUUUUUUUCUAAAUCCAUGCAUAACUCACUUCUGCAAAGAGACUAGGAAACAAUUAACUGAGGAGGGGAGAGAGGCUUUGGGUGGAAGAAACUAGAGCAGCUUCAGGUUUUAAUUUGACAGGAGAUCAAACAAUCACAAAUCUGCUCUACCUGUUUGUGAUUUAGGUUCAUCCAUGCAGGUAGAGCUGCUGACAUACUUCCAUCCACACAUGUAUCUCUGCCGCAGUUGCAACAACAUGCAAUGCAGAGAAAGGAAAAGCACAGGGGAAAGCUCUCAAAGCAGUAGGAUAUAAUAAAACCUGUGGGAUUUUCUCCCACUGUUGGGGAGACCCAGAUGAGGAUUAUGUUUCAGAUUCUUCUCUCGGAGUGUAUUACUUGUUUGAAUCAAAGGCGGGCAUAAGCCAACGUCUUAGAGAAGAAAUGUUCAGCAUAUCAAAGAGAUAUCGCUCACUCGGCUCAACUCCCAGAUGAUUGAUUGAUGGCUGUGUAAAUCAACAUCAAUUAUUAUCGGGAUCUGAAUACAGAAAUCUAGACCUGGAGCAUGUACCUGGUCUGUAAGCCUGUCAAUGCAGCCACAGCUCUUCUGUGUACUAUAGAUAUAUAGUAGAUAUAUGUAAUAUAUGAGAGCCUCUCUAUAUAAGGGCCCUGAUUAAUCCUGCAUCCCUGAGAGUGUUUGAAAAAUGAAGCGGGAGGUUUGAAUAUGAUUGAUAUUUGUUGCUUUGUUAGUUUAAGCUUGUUGCCACUCAGUCUAGCUUGUAACAACUAAAGAAAAAAAACAAACAACAACAUCAACACAAUGUAAAAUUACUCACUGAGACACCAAACAGAAACAAAAAGAAACAUUUGUAUGGCUGGUAUAAGCAAUAAUAAUAAUUAUACAUUUUAUAUAUAUUAUGUUAUAGAUCUGAGAAAACAGACCUCAAAGUGCCCACAGUAAAAAGCAAUAGUAAAAACAGUAAAUAAAAAUAACAACAGUCAAAAUAUCAAAUCAGCCCGGAAAAGCUUUUCUAAAAAGGAAGGUCUUUUUGUUAGUUUUUGAAAUAUACAGUGGAAAAACAGUUCUGUUUCUGUGUAAUAUCUGAAAAUGGGAUCAAAUGUAUUCAUAAAUCUAACUUCAUUUUCUGAAAGAUGUUUCAUGGUUUAUGUGUAUUUUUCCAUCACACAGGGUAAGUAUUCGCCAAGUUUUGAUUUAUACAGAAAACCGUGUGGCUGUCUGACUCAUCACAAAUUUGCCAAAGAUAUAAGGAUAUAAGAGGCCAUGCAGGUUAAAAUAGAAUACUCAACUUGGACACAGUGGCCUCUUGGUAUUUUCACGUGGCUGCAUACUGUCAUGCAUAUUAGCAUAGCUGAAUAUGCAUUGCACUGUCAGCUCCUCGUAGGGGAAUUGAGUAGUCCGUGAAAGUAUAUGUGACAUUUUGCAUGCACUAAAGUUCUCCACUCUGCAUCAUUUACUGCAGAUUAUUUGCUCGAGAAUCAAAGUCACAUGCCUGGAAGUUGUGAGGAUUUGAAACAAGGUAAUCCGUUACAUCACUUAACCCACCUUGCUCCCAGUGUGUGUGUCCUCCACUGGUGUAUGACUGUGAGUGUUGUGUGGUGGUGGUCGGAGAGGCCGUAGGCGCAGAAUGGCAGCCACGUCUCCCCCACCACCACCAAAGUGUGACUGUGUGAGCGAAUGAAUGAUGUAUCCAAUGUAAAGCGCUUUGAGGGUCUCUGAUAAAGCGCUAUAUGAAAUCUGAUGCAUUAUUAUUAUUAUUAUCAAAUACUCAAUUUGAACUGUACAUAUAGAGUCCUGCUUGGCAAGGAUGUGGUAUAUUUCAAGGAGAAGAAAACAUAGAAACAAGAAAUCAUUAGGAUUUGUUUGCUGUCCUUCCUAAAGAGUUUUAACCAUCCAAUCAAAAUAGUCAAACAUCUUCACAUUGAGUCAAGUCAUAGUGAUGUAUUUCUUCUUUGACUUACUGUGCAACCCUUGUAGGGCUCCCUUAGAAGUCAUCCCCGUGUUUCUACGGUAAAAUACUGUAGUUCUCACUCUUGCUCAACAGAAAGGAACAGCAACAUGAUCUCACAGUGGAUCUUUGUCGCCUGAAACUGUGAAGUUUCAGUUUCCCAGUCUUUCUUCCCUGAGUAGCCUGGUGAGAGAGGUAACGGUGAGAAACAAAUGAAAACAGGAAGGAUGCAGGGACCACAGAACCCUCUUAUGUAAACACACAAAAAAAGCUGAAUCAAUCCUGCUGACGCUCUGGCCCUCAAGCAGGUCUCUCUCUCUGUCACAACUGGUGUGUCAGUAAUGAAGUGUCUGCUUUGUCAUGGCUUCACUCUUCAGCUGAGUUGAUACGCAAGAACUGGCAGGCAUCAUAGACGAACAACAGAACCUGCAAAGACAUAAUAGGGAGUUUAUAGCAGUAAGACACAUAAGACAGUAAAUAAAAAAGUUGUUAUUUUUGGUCGUUUCUAUAUUAAGCCUAACCAGUGACAUACAUAGCCAUCACACCUCUCCAGGGCCUUUUCCUCCAGUGUAAAGGUCUGUCAACACUGAUUUGAAGUGUCAGAAAAUGUUUUAUGGACUUCUGAAGCGGGAAAAGAAUUUAAACCUAAUUUUCAAGUGGGAUGGCAACUAGGAGGCAGCCACCACCAACAUUUUGUGGACACCAUUUCUUGGGGUGAGCAGUCAUUGAAGCUGUUGUGCAGCAGAUGGAGCUCAAACGCAGAGGGUAUUUACAGAGUGAGAGUUUGAAGUUUGAGUCAUCUCUUUCUGCAUCAACAGGCCGGUUCCCUCUCAAACUGAGAAAAAUGAAGGUGACAGACAACAGACUGUUAGAAACAUAGAAAUGAGCAGAUGAUAGUCUUUAUCAGAAAAAACAUGCUCACCCCCCCUCAUCUCAGUGCUUUUAGAGCAGCUUGUCUUUUACAUUAUAAAUUGAAAUGUUCUGAUGUCCACAUAAGUAACACACAAAUCCUACAAUAAAGGCACAGAUAACACAAUACUGUAACAAGGUUUGAGCACAAGGCUUUGUGUGACUGUCCUACAAUAUGUUUAGCACACAAAUGAUCAUGUUUAUUAUGGGAUGUGUUAUUAGUUCUGCUCUGCUGCUAUUUGACCUUCUAUAUUAAAGUUACUAGAGAGGUUUUGUAGCCUGCUUCAGGAACGUUCAUAACUUUUAGUUGAUCUGUUCUCACCCCUGAGGGAAUUCCUUUACUUUUUAUCGUUUCCUUUAAAAUUGAUGUCUUUGUCUGGGAAGUUCUGGCUGUCAGAGUAUCUUACUCAAAGAAACCAGGGGCGUUCUCAGACUUAUUAUCUAUAGGUGGCCAAACUGUGUACUGACCUUUUGCAAAGGUGUGUACCCUUUCUGACCCUAAUGAUCAUAUUUACUGAUACAGGAACUGAUACUGAUGCCUCUUUAUGAACUUCAUAAGCAAACAAGACCAUCAUCUAUGAGGCUGAUAAUUUCUUUGUGAUAAUUUCUCAUUCCUGAAACCACUGUGAGAGGGUUUGUUUGUCAAACCAGAUGAUUGAAAGCAGACUGAACAAACAGCAUUUUUAAUCAAAUAAAGACAUCAAGAUAAGAGUUGUCUGAAACCCUAUUUUAACUGGUACAGAACAAGAGAUUUGAGGCAUCACUACGAUCACAGGGGCACUAAAAUCAAAUCAAACCAAAACUUCCUCACAGCAGCUUCAAGUACCAAUAUUCAAGCAUUGUAAGCAUGUUUUCUCUCUGUGUAUAUUCUGAAUUAUGCUAGCAUGGUUGUAGUUGGAGUAUUCACUAAUGCAUAUAUUGGGGUCAUUCAUGUCCAAAGGUUGAAAGAUUCUCGUUUCAGGCAAUUGAUGUUUUACUGUUCAUAUUCCUCAGCAUCCAGGUGUAUGCAUUCUUGGAAAUAUGAUGGACAAUUUAAAGUCGGAGCAAGAGGAUGUAUUGUUGCUUUAGCUUUCUGUCUGUAAAAAAACUGUUCUUAUGAACUGGAUAAUUCACAAACAGGACUGCUAUAGCAUUCUCAACUGGCUUAUGGAUUGUUUGGAUUUGCUGAGGGCGUGGCCUCAACUUUUAGUGACCAAAGCAGAUCCCUCAUGGACUAUCAUCCAAUAAUUAUUGGACCCCAGUUCUGGAGGCAUAACCUUGCAUGUAAAAUGAUUGUAACAAAAUGAUCAUAUGAACCACUGUUGGCAUAACCUUGACUGGUUCUUUUCUGGCCAAUCAGAUUUCAAAGGGGGCUCAUGCCAACCCUCUUGAUACACCCCUGGCUUUGACUGGAUGCAACAUUAGGCUUCAGGGUUUGGAAGCUUUAACAGCUGCACAGAAAAAGAAAAGAAAAACCCUUUGCAUGUAGACACUUGAUAUUCACUCAUUAAAACAUUAGUGGUGUGUUUGAUGUGUCAUGCUUGAACCUGACCUGUCACUCACGAAUCCUCUUGCCUGCAUGCUGACAGUGUUCCCUCACAACCUCUGCAGAAAUGUGCCAGAUCUGUGCAGGACGUGAACGUAACACGGAGGAAAGGAAAAGGUGUGAUGUUUCCAUGGAAAUAGUGUACAAAGAUGGGAACGUGUUUUUGCUUUGUUUGUACCCCUGGAAAAAUAAAUGAUGUUGACUGCAAUGUGAAAAGCAGCAUGAAUACAUGCAGUGACAUGAUUGACACAGUUUUUCCUGUGUGUGGUCAGAUGUAGGGGAGAGUGGGGUAAGAUGAGACAUUUUUCAUAUUUCAGAUUGUAGUUGUAGCUCAUACAUACCACAAUUGAUGUGGUAUCUAUCUAUAAAACAAAUUCAAAAUGAUCUUUUUUGGUCUGAACACAAUUCUGAUAAAACUUAUGACAGACUAAAUUCAAUUAUAAGAGUGAAAAAUGUUUUUUUUAAUAAAUAAAUGUCUAACCCCUUCACACAUGUGCUUCUAACCUUCACAGACUCCAUGAAUUGAUGUCCAUCUCCUAAAUAUUUGAUCACAUGAUCAAUUUCUUUUACCAUUUCCAAGCAACAGGGGGUGGCUCAACUUACCCCACUCUUCCACUAUAUGUGCAGGCAUAUAGUUGUAAAUGGAGAAAUGGAGGCAAUCGUGUUUUUAAAUUCUGUGUGUGUGUAUGUGUGUGUGAGAGAGAAAAAGAGAGAGAGAGAGGGCGGAGGUGGAGAAGGGGGAGGACGUGUGGCUGACAAUAUGAGGAGGCUCACGUGACAGUCUUUUAAAUUCCUGUUUCCCUGCAGCGCAAUUUGUCAGAAUACGAGCGGUGUGUAUUUGUCUACCUCCUCGCAUGUACGCAUGUCUGCUCAUCUGCGGGCACAGAAGGUACGAGGACCUGCCUUUUUGAAAACCUUCACGCGCCUCUCCUCAUCAUGUUUGGUGGCAUAGUUUUGAGCUCGUGAGCGUCUUUGUUGUUUCCCGCUGAAGCCUUAGUUGACCGGUGUCAGGAGGAGAAGGAGGAGAGAAAAAACUCACAGUAAUUGACAAGAAUGCAACACUGGACUGCUGCUCGUGUUGAAUUUCUACCCCGUUCUCUUCUUGAAUAAGCCAAGCGCUUUAAAGCAGUCGGGCUGAAGGAGUACGACACAUUCAAGCCAAUUCUUCUCAAUGUACGAGCGCUAGAGAGGAAAGACGAAAACCGGAGGAACGAUACAAGUCGAGGACCAUCACCUCCUCAGACCCGAUAGAGUCCUCGACCUACGGGGUCUCACCCCAAAACCAGAGGGAAAAUGUCAUCCACUAAAUUCAAGAAGGAUAAGGAGAUCAUAGCGGAUUAUGAGACCCAAGUGAAAGGUGCGGUGUGUGUGUGUGUGUGUGUGUGUCCGCCUCUAUUUGCAUUGUUUCUGCACAGCCUGCCUGUCGCCUCAGCCUGACCAAGACCCUAUAUUAGCCUGCUUUUCUUUCCUUAUACCUCCAUUGGUCUUUUCAGGGAUCUGUGACAGUCAAUCCAACGAUAAGAGCAUAAAAACUGAUUUUUUCCCCCCACAUCUUUCUCGGGUGAGAGGUUCCUUUCAUGACAGAUUUGUAAUUAUUUGGCAUAAUAAUGUGGUAAAGCUGCUGGGGGAUAUUGAUCCCUGUGAUGAAACCGAGGCAGGUUGAUGCUCCUACUGUUGUCAGCUUUUUAACAAAUAUUUUUAUAUUGAUUUGGUGCACCUCAUAGAAUACAGAUAGUGUUUUUACACAUAUAUGCUCAUUAUAGUUGGGGGUAGCUUCAUCUUUUAUCCACAGUCCUCCCUAAGAUCAGGCUCUGCUCACGGUUUUCUUUUUGCCUUUGAUUCAUUGUCAGUGAUUGGCUGUUUCCUCACCUGGCAACAUGGGUAAAGCAGUGUGGUGAAUGGUAGUCACCAUACUUCAAGGUCUCUAAAUCUGUAACAUGACUUUACUCAAUGAGCUGUUAAACUAUCUAGUGUCGGUAUGAUUAAGGUAAGGAAAUGACUGUUUGGGAGGAGGCAAAUUCAGGAAACAGGAUUGAGUGUCUUGUGGGAUGUAUGUGGUUUUCAGGUCAGCAUCAUGUCAUGUGUGUUCAAUCAGACUUGACCAUUUAAUCCUGUGUCAUCCAAUUAUAUUUGUACUUCUCUACAUUAGAUAAACUAUACAAGGCUACUGAUUAUGGAAACCAUACAAGCACCAGCAGAAGACAAGUGAGACACAGUGGCCCAUGCAAGCUCUGAAUAGGGAUGCACCGAUCCAACAUCUGGAUCGGAUAUGGCUCCGAUAAGAACAAAUUAACUGGAUCGGAUAUUGAACGAAUGACGUCUACCCAGCAUUCCGAUCCAGUCUGUUUUUUCUUUUAAUUAAUUUUUCUUUUAAUGCAUGAAGUCUUACUUCUUUUUGCUGUGUGCUAAUGUGCAAUUUGUUAUUUGUUGAUAAAUAAUAUGAGGUAAAUUUAUAUUCGGUUAAUUUGUUACCUUUUUUUAACAAGGCUAAUGUCAAGCCUGAUGCUUUCACUCACAGGGCAAAGUAUACAGUUCAUUCAUUCAACAGUAGUAUUGGAUCGGUAUCGGAUAUCGGCCGAUUUGCUCAGCCCAGGUAUCGGUAUCAGAUGGGAUAGGAAAAAAAUGGUUCGGUGCAUCUUUAGCUCUGAAUAGGAACCAUACAACCAGUCCUGCUGUAAAGUGACGGCUAUUUGUGCUUUGUGGUGUAGAUAUGAAAGAUCACAUACUGGGAUUAAGACAUAUCUCUAAGUGUGGCCAUGGUUCAGAUUCAAGGCCCCCAGACCCAUUACAGCACUCUGCCUCUCAGUGGGUUCACAAAUGUUACGCCUCAGGGGUCUCAGCUGGUUUCUCCCAUGUACCAGUCCAGACCUUUAGAUGCUUGGCAUGUGAGUGGAUUUGUAGAAUUGAUCUGAUCUUCUUUGUGCAGACAGGGUGUCAGUUGGCAAUCCGAUGGAUUCUCACUCACUGCUGCUGGAGUAACUGCGGUUCUGUUUUGUGGCACGUGCCGGUCAUUUGAAAAAUGUCUCCUUGCACCAGCCCAUUUUUUUGAAAUACUGCAUCAUUAAUUAAACUCAGAUCUACGUGUGUCAUGGAAAGUUGCUCUUGUUUCAAAGGGCCAGGCCCUGUCUGCUCCAGUGUGCAUUAGACAAACAGGACCCUUGAACUGUGCGAGGACGAUGGAUGGUAAUUUAUGGAGAAUGCUGCUUGUUUCUCAUUCACAGCUGGCAUGUUGCUUUGCCUGCAGACACAGAGGGCUCUCUUUCUGACAUCCACCACCUCACAACAAUGGCCAUCAGUGGAGCGUAAUGAAAUUCAGAUUGGGAAAUUGCACCUGUCUUUUUCUGAGUUAUUGCUGUAUGGUUAAUGUGUACAUGGCAGAGGGAGCAAAUCAUCAGUGGGUCAUUGACUAGGUCAUAACAAGAUCAGAGAGUUGCUCUAUUAUGUAUGAGCGCUGAUAAAAAAAAAAAAAAUCACUGGGUUUCAGAAAUCGUUUGACAAUAAAAAAGUGAAUGGUUCUUAGUAAUUAGGUUUGCUUGAAUGCAUAGGUUUCAGGUUUGAAAGACCAUCAUAAUGUAGAGUUUAAUUCCUUCCUGUUACAGUGUAACAAACUGCUGGGCUAAUAUCUUAACCCAGGGCCAUUCAUGAAUUCUUGACAACCCCCCAAGGCCGGGUGCAAAGCUGAGCUCUGAAGGACCUUGGUAGAUGGUGUUCACUUAAUUCAAGCUGUUCAGCUGGCAGAUCUUGCAUUAGCAUGUCAAUAGAAUUGGUUUGUCUACAUAACACAGAGAGACUGACGGACUGAGAAGCUGGGACCGCAUUGCCUCUUUUUAUGUAAAAACUUACAUUUUCCAGCAAAUUCAGGACAUGGUGUCCUGAAAUAUUUUUAAAAUUAGUCUUUGCACUUGAGCAACACAGUGGAGGGUUUGUCAGUGUUUAAAUGCUCUCAACUUAAAAUAGACGGUUUGGUUUUGGUUGGUAGACACCUGGGUAGGGAAUUUAUUUAGGUGAGGGAGGAGUGUUAUUGUUUAUGCUACUACAGCAAGUAUUAAGCAUGUUAAAGGUGGGGUAGGCAGGAUCUGGGGAAGUUCCAGUUUGGGGGAAAAAUCUUGAAUGUAAACUCUACCCCUCCCAACCAGUUUUCCCCUCAGCUCCUCCUCUACCCUCUGUCUCUGCUACAGCAAGCCCCGCCCACAAACAGACGCUCCUGCUCGCUCGUAUCGUUCCAAUUAAAUUCAGAUAUAAUGCAGAUAAAAACUCCAGAUAAUUACAAAUGGAGCCCAGUCAACUUGAUAGUAAACAGCAUUGGUGCUACACAGUUUAGCGGCACUACAACACACAGCAGGUCCCGUUUGACAAGAAACACUUCUGUUAUACUUGGCUUACUUUGUUAAAGCGGUUUACCUGUCCAGCAGAAAGGAUACAGGGUCCGUAAGAUCCCGAAGCGUCCUCCAUCAUUGUUGAGCCGGUUUCUUAGCUCUUGUCUGGUCUACCUCCAUUUUAGGCGCCCGUUAUUCCGCUAGAGUCUCUGGUAUUUACUACAUUGUCUUGCUUGUGUUGGUGGUCGUGGCUAAAGGAGGAUUCAGACAAUUUUCUGUACUUUCUGGUUGGUUUCUACUGUCUGAUAUUGUAGCACGCUAACUUAGUUUGGGCUCAUGAAAGACACGGGGGAGCAGCAUCUGUCUCACAACCAAUCAGGAUGGAGGAGGCGGGAAUGGCUCUGUUUACAGUCAGAAAGCGUGGAGCGCUCAAAAAAAUUAAAAUGUUGACUACACAGACAUAACAAAACGCAGCGAUAUUGUUAUAUUACCAAAUAUCAUCAAUGACUAAUAUCUGUUGACUGAUAUUAAAAGCUUUUUGUAUAUACACCACAAAAAAAGAUGCUUCUUUAAUGGAUUCCUGCCUGCCCCACCUUUAACGCAACACAAACUCAACAGUAGAAAACAAAGUACAGACAACUGAGGUCACUACUAUGCUUUAUAGCAGAGAAACUGGACUAAAUAAUCGAAUUAGCCCGCCCACUUUGCUACAAGUUUUGGGGGCUAAUUUUACUGAGGAGCUAAUAAAAAAAAUUUGCAUAUGCUAUUUGUAACAUUUAUAAAACUGUCUUAAACUUAGUGUAGUUUUUAGGGUGGGCUUCAUGCAAGGCGAACAGUUGGAAUUUUUACCGAAUUUACUCCUACUUUUUCUGCAAUUCUGCAACAUUUCAGGGUAAUCUGAUGUAAGAACAUUGCAAGGGGAAAUUUAGUACAAAUGGGCAGGAAGGCAGAUAUGACAGUGCUGAUAUAUCUUGCGACAAGUGCAAACCAUGAGUUUCAUGCAAAGGAAUGACGAAAAUGUAAAAAAAAGAUGGAAAAACAGUCAUCAUAGCAUAGGUCUCUCUCUGUUGCCUCAUCUGUAGUUAACAUCUGCUCAAUACUCAUCUCCUACCACCAACAACCCUGUUUGUUCAACAGGGAAGAUUUCAUUCAUGCAGUGAGGGACACGUGUGGAUAAUUAACUUUCAGGAGGCAGAGUUCCUAAAAAAAAAUUCUGCAUAUAAGAGAGAACCCGACCACCACCAUCACCUGCUGGACUGAAGCCCAAUCAUCUCACAUGAAGCAUUUUUAUGGGCAUCUUGUGGUGUGCUGCCUUCAAGCUCAACCAUCAGCAGUUUACAACCAAGGUUGCAACACUAAAAUGUUAAGCCUGUAUAUUUUAUACUUCAAUAUAUGGACAGCAAGAAUGAAUGGAGUCUUAUGUAAUAAAUGUAGCUCUUUUAAAGGUCCACUGAUCAAUAGUGAAUUAAUUGGUUUAAGAGCUGGUGUUAAUAGAUCAUCAACAGGAGAAAGCUUUGAAACCUUAGAUGACGCCAGUGAAAGUCAAGGCAUAAGUGCACCCAGGCCAGACUCUCCUGUCUUCAUACCUCCGUUUUAUUAAAGCCCUUUGUUUACAUUUCAUAGCCGUACUGUUUGAACCAAAAGAUCGCAGUUUACCUCUUCUGUUGGCUGUGAUCCUUGAAUACUGCUUUAGGGCUGCACAAUUUCUGUCUACUUUCAUUUUCAAGCGUGCUGGACCUUUAGUGUUUUUGCUCAAGUAUUCCCAGAUAAAUGUGUUAUCACACUUACAUUAGUGUGAUAACUUACACUCACCGGCCACUUUAUAAGGUACACCCUGCUAGAAUCAGGUUGGACCUCUUUUUGCCUUAAUUCUUCGUUGCAUACUUUCAAUGAGAUGUUGGGAAACCCCCCUCAGAGAGUUUUGUCCGUAUGAACAUGACAGCAUCACGCAGGUGCUGAAGAUUUGUCGAUUGCACACCCAUGAUGAGAAUCUCCCAUUACACCACAUCCCAAAUGUACUCUAUUAGAUUGAGAUCUGGUGGCUGUGGAGGCCACUUGAGUACAGUGAACUCACUGUCAUGGUUAAGAAACCAGUGUGAGAUGAUUUGAGCUUUGUGACAUGGAGCAUUAUCCUGCUGGAAGUAGCCACUGUGUCCAUGAAGGGAUGGACAUGGUCAGCAACAAUACCUAGGUAGGCUGUGGUGUUUAAACAGUGCUCAGCUGGUACUAAGGGGCAUAAAGAGUGCCAAAAAAAUAUCCGCCACACCAUUACACCAGCAGCAGCAGCCUGAACCGUUGAUACAAGUCAGGAUGGAUCCAUGCUUUUAUGUUGUUUACACCAAAUUCUGAUCCUAUCAGAAAUUUGGUGUAGCUGAAAUCCAGACUCACCAGCCCAGUUUAUCCAAUCUUCUGUAGUCCAGUUUUGCUGAGCCUGUGUGAACUGUAGCCUCAGUUUCCUGUUCUUAGCUGACAGGAGUGAUACCCAGUGCAGUCUUCGGCUGCCGUAGUCCACCUGCUUCAAGGUUAGACAUGUUGUGUGUUCAGAGAUGAUAUUCUGCAAACCUUGGUCGUAAUAAGUGGUUAUUUAACUCACUGUUGCCUUUAUAUCAUCUCUAACCAGUCUGCUCAUUCUCCUCUCUGUAAACCCUAGAGAUGGUUGUUUGUGAAAAUCCCAGUCGAUCAGCUGGUCUGAAAUACUCAGACCAGUCCAUCUGGCACCAAAACCAUGCCACAUUCAACUUCACUAAAAUCCCCUUUCUUCUCCAUUCUAAUACUUGGUUUGAGCAUUAGCAAGUUGUCUUGACUAUGUCUACUUGCCUAAAUGUAUUGAAUUGACGCCAUGUGAUUGGCUGAUUAGCUUCUUGUGACAGGUGUACCUAUCAAGUGGUUGAUGAAUGUAUGCGGCUUCAUCGGUUUCUGUGUCAACCAUUUUGCUGACUGUCUUGAACACAGAGUUCAUGACCUGCAACAGUAGUCAUUUCCGAGAUGUAACCGUAGGUUGACUCAGUCCCAGCCACACCAGUCAUUAACAGGACUGAUACUGACACACACCCACACACACAAAAACAGACAUGCAUGUAAAUUAAGUGUGCUCUUUGAUUUGAUUUUAAACCCUCAUCUUUAUACAGUUUCUCUGAUUGUAGCCAUAAUGGAAGACAGCUGCUUAUGAGAGUGUUUCUAGGCGCUAUAAAUGUUCAUUGUUAUUUCCCCUCAUGCCACCCACUUACAUAUAAAACAUAGUCAAUGUGAAACACAAAACUGACACAUAUUUUUUACACCUCUGGGUUUGGGUUUCUCAUUUUUCUACUUGCUAAUCUCUGUGUGUUCCUUCCUGUGAGAUCAAGGAGAUGCAGCAACCAUCUGAAGGCAUUUCUCAUAAGACAACAUUUUACUCUUACCUUUACCUUUUAGUAAAACAAGUUUUGACUAAAUAUCACACGAUCACACCCUUUUAAAGUAAAGACAUGAACUGUUUCUGUAGUUAUGUGUGCCAUAUUGUGUGUCACAUCUUUGUUUUCAUCUUUGUCACAGUUAACAUCAGUCUGAGCUGAAUAAGGCAGAGUAAGGUCACACACCUCACUUCUAAUUGCGUGAAUAAAAAAAUGGUGUACUUUGUAAUUUAAUGACCUUCUAGCUGUAAAAAGAGUUGUUUUCCUAGUUAAAUGCUGAUAAGAAUUGUAGGUCACAAAAGGUGUGUUUGUGUUUGUUGUUGCUCCUGGCUGCAGAUAACUCUGCUGAGCGAGAUAAAUGCCGAGAGCAGUUCAGGGUUCAUGGUGUUUUUAGCAAAGAAAUAAUGAUAACUGAACGCAGCCUGUGGUCUGUUUGCUCUCUAAAAUACCCAGGGCUGGAGAUGUUAACUUGGGUUUAUUAUUGGUGCUGCAUGUGUUGCUCAGUUGUUGCGAGAAAUGUGCCUCAUGAUCAGAGCUUAAUUGUAGCCAUCAUGGUGCGAUUUGGUUAGUUAGCUAUUAACACCCUGCUGGGCAGCAUGAAGCUGGCUGUGUACAAACUGACAUGUUGAGGCUUUGAGAAACGGUCUCACUGACUCAGCGGCUGAUGAUCCUCCAGCUGCCAGCUUGUUUGGAAAACCUGCUGCUGACUGAGAGAACAUUUCAACACAAAAAAUAACCAACACAGAAUAAUCUUCAGCGGGACAGCUUAUUUAUUUUACAGUCCAAUAAACGUUGGCCACGUUUAUUCAGUUUGGGAGUGACCAGUUGAAAACAACAACAACAACAACAAAACAACGGCAGAUGGAGUUGGUAUGCUGCUGACUCAUUGGGAAUUGCAUGAUUUCUAUAAAUAACUGUAAAGCUCUGAAGGAAAAUUUUGAGAUUUUGGAAAAAAACCUUCAGUUCAAUUUCCUACCAAUAAUUCACAGAUGAGAUUGACACAACUUUCAAGCUUGCUGCUGUUUUACCAGCCAACUAGUUUUUUUUUUUUCUGGCUAACAAUUGAACAGGAAGCAUUACGUUAUGCAACAGUAACAAGACUUAAUAGACACAUCAUACCUUUUUAAAGCUCCUGUGAGUUUUUUUUUUUUUAGCUGGUUACAUAGAUUGGUUUGGUUAGGCAGGUAUAAACACUAAUUUAAUAUAAGCUGCAGAAACAAAUGAGACCAUCAGCAAUAAAAAUGAAUUAAACCUGUAACUGGUGCCGCGUGGUAGGUCUGCUGAAAAAGCCUUUGUUCACCUUCUCUAGGUAUUUACAUGUUUGCUGACUUAUUGGUCAAAUGUUGACUUGUAAGUUAGCGCCUGAACUACCAGCUGGGUAAACAAAACUAUUGAUCUUUUUGAUUUUGUGGACUUGGUAACACAUCCAAGUACCUCGGGCAGGGGCUAGUGCAACAUAAUGCCAUAGCGCUGACCAGUGUUUACAAGCACAGAUAUCAGAUGCACAGAUGAAAGAUGUAGGGCUCGAUGGUGUGAGUGUUUCACUUAGAUUUGUGUCUAGAAAAUAGAUUAAUACAAACUGUAACGCCAUUUCUAAAACUCAAACUGGCUUGGGGCCACCACUGGUUCCGGAUUUCUGAAAAUGUACCUCUUAUUUCCUGUAUUCUUUUUUUUGUCAUAGUUGAGCAUGGACCUGUACUUGCAUUUGCUAAAGUUUAUUGUUGUGAAAAGCUUCUCACACAUUUAUGCACUUCCAAAAAGCCUCAUUACACGACUGAAAACUUGACAGAGCUCUGGGAAUGAUGAAUAUAAUUCUCUCAAAAACAGUUCAGUCUUGUUAGCUUUUCCCUGUGCGUCUCUGAAUUUAGUUUUAAGUUCACUGUUACACUGCAGGUCGCUAAGUUCCAUCUGAAACACAUUUUGAACUCUCACCACAUCAGCUGAGAGAGGGUCUGCAAACACUUGGAACGUGACAAGGUGUGCCUUGAAGUCAGAAAACCUCUGAUCACAUUCCUGCUGUAGAUAUUCCUCACCACUGCAUGCUGUGCCUUCCUCCACAGGAGAUCUGCAUGCUGAAAAAUGACCGAGAUUUUUUGCAUAGAGCUGAGUUUUCUACAAUCUUAGUUUUGUGCAGAAGGCUUUCACAUUUUCAUAAGCUGCUGUGGUGAGCUGACUACGGCCCUGAAGCUUCAGGUUAAGGAUGUUAAGCUCCUGUGUUAUUUCCACAAAGAAUGCAAGGUCCAUGCAAGGUCCAUAACCCAUUUUGGAUUUUCAAUUCAGGAACAUCCAUCCUACCAUCUUUCAUAAGUCUCUUCAGGACAUUAAGUCCUUUUGAGCCAAUGCACCUCAAUAAAAUAAAGAAUACCACCAUACACUGAUUAAAGUUCUUCUCACUUGCACACAAGCUCAGUAACUCUUCCUUUGCCUUGAAUAUGUCAUCAAUGUCCCUGAUGAAACUAGCCCGCGCUGAGCACUGUCUGUUUUGUCUGCGCUUUCGUUGAAUGCUACAGAGAAUACAGUGAAACAUUUGGCUUUCUCUUGUAACUGAUCAUAAGUGUCACUUGAUAAUCAGUGUUGGCUGAUAGAGAAAUAUUGUAGAACAGAUUCCCCUUUUAUGGACACAGAAAAUGGCCAGAAAUGUCCCCCAGCCGGUAGAUUGAGACCCCUGUGGUACAUGAAACAUGUUACAUAAUACAUGGUCUGUUGGUCCAGCAACAAGAAGUUCAUUUUAGUUUGUUUAAAACUUGUUGGUAAGUUGGUUUGCAAAUUUUUAAAACAGGAAAUUAGUCAUCAAGACUGUGAAUAAUAGAUGAUCUGUUAACCAUAGACGUCACAAAACUUGAGACAUAAGAACCCAGACAAUCGAAUUUCCUCUUGAGGAUAAAUUAAGCUCAUCUCGUCUCGUCUCGUCUCAUCUUUAACCUUUGCCACAGCAGAGUAUGACUACUGGGACACAGAGGGCUGUUUUUUCAAACAGAAGAUACAGGGCAGGAUCUGGAGAAGAUUAGAGAAAGCACUAGCUCCACAGUAGACACCAGAAUCAACACAAAAUGAGAGUCACUGACAGGGCCACCUGACAUAUGUUACCAAGUCUAUCAAAAAUAUCAAACUCAUUUGUGAUCCUGGAAGAACGAGGUACAGUGUAAAUGUCAUAAUGAGCCUAUCACUACACCCCCAGUAACCAUAAAUCAUUCAGUUUUACUUCAGUUCUCUGGCUGCUCUGCUUUCUAUCAUCUCUGUGUGAUGAAUGCAGCUGCCACUUUGUAAACGAAGAGUUAGUCCUGUCUGUCUGUCUCAUGGUUUGGGAGAUAAUCAGUCUUUUAUUAAAUGGGUGAUCUGAUCCACCAGACAUAGAUUGUCUUUUGACACAGUCUCACCCAGAAUAGCCCUGAUGAUACAAAAGUCCAUUUAGAGGCAAAACAGCUACACACUGACUAACUUGUUUGGUGCCAGUCACUAUGUUAUUUUCCUUCUCAUUUCAUUCACUUGUCUGUGCUGAAUGAAUUUUCAUCCCCACUGUCUCAAAAACUUCAGCUUUUAACAGCGUGAUUGUAUUAGGAGUCCUGUAAUGCACUACUGUCUGCUGAGGGACUUAAAGCUAGUGAAAGAGCCGGCGCACUUGACUUGAGCUUGAUUUGAUUUAGGUGUCUCAGUCCAUGUUGUUAUGUUCCACAUAUGGCAUUUGUAGGCUUGUGCUGCAGGAUACACAUAUUGUAUGCUGUGGCUAUUUUGCUGAAAAAAUCCUUAUAACCACAUAUACAAAGCUGCCACUUCCCUCCAAUGUCACUCAAAGGGUACGAUGAUCAAAUACUGAUUUAAAUUCACACAGCUGUUUCCAUGUCUGUGCCAUGAGUCCCUGUCCACACCUCAGAAGUUGCUGUGUGUAAAUAAAUUACUUUCUUUAUCAGCUGUUGCUUCUAAUAUUUCAGAGCACUUUUUAGACCGCAAUGUAAACCACACUUAGAAAGAAAUGUGCAAAUAUUACUGAAGUGAAACUGAAAAUAUUGACGGGAAUUAAGACAUGAAAUGGCUAAAUUGCACAACAGGCAUCCUGCUGACAUGAUGAAACCACAGAAAUUGAAAAAAGAUAAACUUCCUUUAAAAAGACAGAAUAAAAAACAACAAAAAAGAGGUGUCAGAGAGGUCAACUCAGAGAUUUCUUAAAGCAAAGACAAAAGGAAAACUUUUAAACAACAAAAACUCACUUCAAAAAUGUCCAACCAGGGAAUCCAAACUCAAUAAACCAAAACCACCAGUUGACAAUAAUCAAAAGAAACAAAAAGGCACUGGGAAAACAAGAGGAUAAGAGGUGGAGUUCACAAGGUAUGGACAACAUGGACAAAGAACCAACAAGGAAGAGGGGAAGACAGGGACAGGGAGGCAGACAAGACAAAGGUGAGACUUGAGAGUCAUCAACAGGGAAAACUGAAAAAGCUAAACUAAACUAGAUACACAGGGAUCAACUACUACAAGACAAAUAGGGAACACUAAAAACUGAACUGAGGGACCAAACAGUGAAAAACAAGAACAUAAGAAUAAUGAACACAGGGAAACAGAGACAGUAGGAAAAAUACACAGAAAAAACAACUAAAUAACAAAACCAGAGAAAAACUAAACCAACAGAAACUGAUCAUGACAAGAAGGCAGUUCUGCAAAAAUACCUCGCAGUGCAAAGGUCACAUUUUAAGGACUAAUUAGAGGAGGUUUUUUUAUCGCUAACUUGGGAACUGUGAGAUUAACUUUAUCAUGUCCCACUCUGGACUUUAGAUAAUUAGGGAAAGCACCUAUUUGCAGCUAAUGAACUCCCUCUCCUCCACUUCCUAUGAUAGAAAUAGACACAUAUGUAGCACAGGCUCAGACAGAAGGGGCACACAACUUUGGCUUGAUGGUGAUUUCAAAGUAUUUAUGAAUUUAUAGAGAAUUUAUUUGACUUGUUAUUUUUAGUAACUGAUUGAAAAAUGUCAAUAAUUUUAAUUACCAGUAGUUUACAGUCAAUGCAGGAUAUGUUUUCUACAAUUACGACCUAAACGAGUGCAUUUCAACUUAAUACUCUGAAAGGAAGGAGGCUCUUGUCUUGUUGUGACUUACUUGAGGGUAAUCUUGUCUCUGUUUCUCCAUUUUAAAGCUGUCCUUGUGUUGAUCUUGUUCCAGUGUGGGUUCAGAGCCCUGCAAACUUCCCUUUUAGUAAAAACUGUGUGCUGUCAGAUUAAUUCACGUAAACAACUUUUAGUGCAUCUCUAAAGAUCAUCUGCACUAUGAGUAUUUUAUUUAGAUUUGUUGCAUAUGUGCAUGGAGGGAAAACACUAAGUUAGUUUCACUGAUUUGAUUGGGUGCUGCGCUACACUGUUUACCUUAUUAGCUGUAGAUUCAUGUUUAUACCACAUCUCGGUGCAUACAUCCACACUUGCAUCCCCACAUCCAUCAGACUCCACCUCUCCUCCAAUAAGCUGCUCUCAGGGGACUUGUACACACCCUUGUUGCCAUGGAGACACCUCUAAGCCUGGUCGUGAAGAGCUGGAUCUCAGCUACAUGUAGUUAUGGACAGUAAAGCCUGAAAAGGUAAAAGUCAGGCUCUCUUAAAGUAUCAAGAAGACAAUCCUGAGGUGAUGAUCCUGAAAGAGCCUCAGGAUGAGACACAGCAGGACUGUGACGCUGAGUAAAAUCUGCAUUUGACAGUUGUUUGUAUUGUCUUUUAGUGUCACAGUGCAUGUGUAAGUUUAUCACAGUGUUGGAAUCCAAAUUUGUGUUUGUUAUUGAGCUAAACCAGCCCUUGAUAGCUUUCAGUUUGAACCCAAAGAUAGGAACCACAAAAAAAUCAGUAAAAAUAAGGCACUAGAACCUCUCAUUUAUAACCUUCUUUUCUCUUCUCUGGAUUGAUUUUUUUUCCCCGACAGAACAUGAAGCAGAAAGUCUGAUAAACAGACAGAUAAUUAGGAAGGAGGAUUAAGAGUGACGUGUGAUCCUGAGACUGACAGCUGACAUCUUGUUGCAGGAUGUGCCAUCAGCUCACCUCUGCUCCCACCAUUGAUUGGUCUCAGCUCCUGUUGUCUUAUCUUUUUGUACAUGUGCUGCAGCACACAGAGCUAAUGAGGAAACAGACAAGAUAUAGAGACAGACAGGAACCUGCUCUGACAUGGCCCUCAUGAAUCCAAAAUUGCAUUAAUCACUGGGGGGUUUAAAAAACAGAAAAGGAGAAGAAAAGAAUAGAGAAGAAGGGGAUUAGUUCACCAACUGGAACUUGUAUUAUGAGACUCGGUACGAAGGACAAAAAGAGUGAAUUAGGGUCUGGAUAAGGGGGCUGCAUUUGUCUGUGUCUCUGCUUUUCAUGUGAAUUUGGCUCUGCAGUGUAGAGACCAGAUACUGCAGAGCUGAGUCGGGGAUUAGGUUAGUGAAAUUUGGCUCAGUGCAGCUUUUGUCUUGUGUGUGUGUGUGUGUGUGCUCAUUUUAUGUGUUCCUUAAACACAUUGUGAUAAGAAUGCCCAAGGAUGUUAUUUUCUAAUUGUUAAAUACCCUCUGAGACUGUUUGUGCUGUAGAAUUUACCCCUAUUAUAUCGUGACAUGUUCCUUUUUUUUUUUUUUUUUGCACAAGCUGUAAAGAGAAAAACACGUGGGAAUUUCUUCCAUGUGUGUUAAAAACCGUGUUUUUAUAAAGACAUAAACAAGACUGACUCAAGUAUACAGGCGGUAGUUCCUCAGCUGUGGUAUCCUGCAGUAAAAUGACCAAUCUCUCCUGCUCCUCCCCUCACAGAGAGGCUUCACCCUGCAUGCUGCCCUCACAAUGCUCUGCAGACAAUCCCUCUUAUUCACUGCACCCCUAAUUUUAACUCCACUUCAUUGCGUCGUGAUCUCACGUGGCCCUCUGAAACAGCAAACUUGCAGUAAAAUGCUGCACCGGUGCAUCAUCGCUGGUGUCCUGGAUUGACUUCUUUUGGAGGGGCAGGUUUUAAUUCUGUGAGGUAACAAGUUACAUCUUGUUCUCAAGCACUAAAUGUGUUAUUGCUUCAGGGUUAGGAAAAUGAGUAAUUGUUUUAGUGAGGAGGAAAUUUCCAAAGUCUCCUUUGAGUGUUGAGUUUUAUCUUUGCAUCACUUUUUGGAAAUUAAUGGUAGUGCUGCUCUAAGCUGCGUCUUUUUCAGCAGGAAAAAACUUCAACUAAACACUCCAUCCAUGUAGAUUUAAUGCUAGCUUUAAGUGCAUUGCCUCACUGUUUUUGAAUAGAAAUAAGCUUUCAUGGUAUAAUGAGUAUGCAAACAUUCAUAGACUAUACAUAUUAUUCUUAAAGUCCCACUCAUUUUAGUGGUCUUUAAGUUGUGAUUAUUAAGUUUUUAGCCAAAAUCAUGUUACCUGUGUCAUUUUCAAGGGCUUUUCUUCUGCAGAGCUCCAGUAGCUCCCAAGCAAUUUGCCUCUGAGUCACGGGCAGAGACAGUGCUGCUCUGCACACUCGUCUUCAUGUUAGCUUGCAGCCAAAUGCCGGUGUAGUAGAAGUAGCAGGUAACAUAGGAGCUAUUCAGCUCUCAGACACUAAUGUCUUUGGGGGCAUGAUGAAAGUUAAUAUCAUUAUUAGCUUUCUUAUGAGCAUUGCAAUCCGCUAACACACAUGCUUGUUUCGCGAUAGUCCUCUCUACUUUCCUGAGUGUGGCCUGCAUAGUAAGGCUGUGGGGGCGGAGCUUGGAUUUAUGACGUAGGAAAUCUCAUUAUGUCUGAGCCUGCUGUUUGGUCUGCCAGAGAUUCACAGCGAUUUGAAUGCAGAAAUACUCAAAAAUGCAAUUUCGCACUUUCUUUUCUCAUGAUAUGUCCUGUAGCAUCAGAAAAAUGUCACAUGAACAUGUAGACAACAAGAAAAACAUGAUUUUCAUCAGAGUGGGUCUUUAAGGAGUCCUCUUCAAGCUUGCAAGCAGGCACAGGAGGUGUUGGUUUUUUACGCACAUAAAAAUCACUGCUGCACACCUAACCUCUAUUAGGGUUCAGUGCUCAGGCUCAAGUUUGAGAUUGAGCUCUACUUCCAUCACCUCUCUCAGCAUGCUAUGUUGACCCCAAAGAGAUUCCCAUUGAACUGUCCUAUAUCCAGUUCUCUUAACACAGCUUAAAAGAAGCCCACACACUGUGAUGGAUUGUCGUGCUUUUAAACAACUUUCUGUAGAGUUUUAUGGACACCUCAGAUUUAUAACCAGUGCACAAAAUAUUACCACUCAAACAGCUGAAAUUACAAGUUUUUGUCUUUGAGAGUCAAAGGUCAGGGAUCUUCAGCAUCCUUCUAUUGUUUUUAGAGGGUUUCCUGCUCUGUGCUUUCAUUUCCUGUCUGUAAACGGUGAAAGAGAGAGACUAUAAAGGAGCAGGUGUCCAGUGUAAAGGGCUUUUAUCAUGAUGAUGUAUGGACUCCAGGUUAUAGAUUUGCUUCCUAGAACAUUAGCAGUCUGCUGCUGUCAUUAUAUGUCAGAUGUAGUAUAUUCCAGGACUAUAGAGCAGUUAUAAUAAACUAAUCUAAUUUGCUUAGACUAACUGUGAAUGAAGAAUACAUGCAAAUGAACUAAUGGUGUGCUCCUGUAGUUAUGAGCCGACUGCACUUCAAUACAUUUAGACCAAAACCUGAAUGUGUGCAGACAACUCCAGUAGUUCAAAGAGGAAAGCUUUUGAUUCCACCAGCUCUGAGAAAUGUAAAUACUGCUGCAUGAUUAUUCCAGUUUUACAGGAAAAUACUGAUAGGGAAUAAAUUGGAUUAAUGCAGCUUUUCGGACUGACUCCGGCUCUUGUGUUAUGUUAUAUGGAGGCUUGGAGGAAGAUAUAUUUGACUUAGUAAUUACAGUCACGUGGUUCAGAUGUGUUUUAAAAUAGGUAAAACACAAAGAAAAACAAGGUUUGCAUAAAACAGGGAGAAUAUUUGUUGUCGCGUUUAACUGACUUUGCAUCAAAAGGUUCAAAUGAAGCUUGAUUUCAUCAGCAAAAAUCUAAUUUUGUUGUACUCUUAAAUGGCUCUGAAAGCAAAAGGCUGUUAAAUAAAGAAGUUUGGCCUUUGUAUCGUUGAUCCCAGCAGAGUGCGACCAUAUUUCAGCUGCUCCAGUCACAUCCUGCCUCUCUCCAUCAGCUUUUUUGUCUGAAGAUAACCCCCACCGCCCUUCUCUGAAAGAAAAAAUAAGCAGAUGGCUCCCUCCUAAAACAGGGAGAGGCAACACACAGAAGGUCUGCCACAGAUAAUAGCAGCAUGGUUAAUCAAACAACAACAUUAAAGGUUGGACUGGUACUCUUUGAAUCAGAUUUGUGUUUUAAAGGGGGUUUGUAGUGGAGGAAAUUUAGUCAAAAAACUCAGUUAGAUAUAAAAGAUCGAGAGCUUUAAAUAAGCCCGUGGUGACGUUUCUUUUAAAUAAUGCCAACAGUAAUACUAGGUACUAAAAAGCUAUUUCAAAAACUCAUUGUUAUUUAUUGAUUUUCCAGAACAUUUUAUUAUAAAACCAAUCUUUAAACAGUGUUUUGUCUGUGCUCAAUGAUAUUCUCACCAGAGCAGAGCAGAGCAGCUGAAAGUGGGGCAACAAUCAGGACAGGAUCGCUCAGAAAUCUAAGGGUUGUGCUUCUGUGUCAUCGAUGUUGGGGUGAUGGUUCAGGACAUGUUUAAACUGAGGUUAUUGGACACAGAUAAUCUGAAAGAAGAAAUAUACAGGAUGUAAAAUGUGCAUCUUUUAAUCGGUGUUAGCUUGCUUGUUGGUGAUUGUAAUCAGGAGGAAACGUUGUUGAAGGCAGUACAGGCUUAUUGGUAAGUGUUUUAUCAGUGCCAUAUGAGCUGGUCGUAUUUAUUUCUUCACCAUAAUGAUAACCCUGUGAAACAUCUCCCCUUUUAUUGGGGCCCUCCUCCUCCUCCUUCUUGGCGGAGCAGAACCACAGAGGGGGUCGCUUACUUUGACUUAACCACCACAGCCAGUGAAGCCACUCAGAGCUGGGAAUACUUAAGGAGUAAUUCUCCAAUUGCUCAUGGUUUCUCCGAGGGAAGGGCACACUUCUGGUGUGUGCGUGACCUAUUUUUCCUAGCUCAUCUGUCAAAUGCUGAGCUGCAGCUGGUGGUUUCAGAGUUCCCCUCUUUUCAGAAAGAAUGUUUUCUGAAGUCUUCACUGUCACUCAUGCGGAUCUGUGGCACAGUUUCCAGGGGUAUUUCUCUCAGCUUGACUCUUUUUCUUGUUUCUUAACGACAAAAAAAUUGGGCAAACAGGGAACAUAGCGGCAUGUCUGGGAAGAAAAGACAUUCCUGACAGGGGCUGCAGUGGUAGUUUUUGCUCUCUAAGCCUGGAGAGUUUUGGGGGUAGAGGGAGGAUAAAGAGGAGGGCAGAGACUGCGGUUAACCGCACAGUGAAGCGGAGCACUCCAGGCUGAGGCCAGGCGGCACGACAUCACAGUGAGAGAAAAGUCUCACCCGCCCCGCACAACAUCACUGUUUCAGUUCAGAUGGCAAACUUCCACCAGCAGUGAGAGGCUGCAUAUAUCCGCAAGGAGGGCUCGGCUGACCAAAUUACACCCUCAGCAGCACUGAAACACAGUCUGUGUGACGGCUGUGGUUUCAACUUUCAGUCAGCAGUUCGUCUAACUGACACAGAGUCACUUCACUGCCAUGACUCAGAUAUACAGUAUAUGAAAUGAAAUCUUUAGAGUUACCUUUUGUUAUGAUUCAUGCUGGAACAUCAGGGUGUUACAACAUGAAGUGACCAACUGGUACUCUGGGAAGAAGUGCAUUUCUGACUGUCAUAGGGAUGGGCGAUACAGGCUACAAAAUUUAUCACGAUAAGUUUUGCCAUUAUGGCGAUCACGAUAAAAGUCCCGAUAAAAAAUAUUAUAAUUCCUGUCUAAGUUUUUGACUCAUUCUGUCUUGAGAACACCGGUUGGUAUUGUCAAAUAAAAUACUUAACUACAAAUUUAAGUGGUAGGUUAUAGAGGAAACUACUGACAUCAAACAAGUCUGAAAUGUGAAAACGCUUUCAACUAGGAGAAAAAAUCAAUUCACAGAAGUAUCACAAUUUUUUGUUUCACAAUUUUUAAAUUGAUUUUGUUGUUCAAAAAUCUUUUUUUUUAAUUGAAUAAUAAAUCUUAAAAACUGACUUACAUGUGAUGUGUAUUUAUUGGGGAAAUAUGGUACCUGAAAUAGUCAAUAAACAAUCAUGAUCAUUUAAGUGUUUCACUGGUGUUAGAAAUGCAGACUAAAAAUUGAGAAAAUCAAUAAUAUCGUAGAAUAGCAAUUUAAAUAGAAUCAAUAGCAUCCAAAAAAUCGUGAAAGAAUCAAAUCGGGAGAAAAGCAUAUUAUCCCAGCCCUACUUUCAACAUUUGUUGAAAACUCUUAUCAGACAGUGGAUCUGCUGCUGCUGUUCACUCUGUACAAUGUCAGGCAUACCCGAUAGUGCUCAUGUAAGCCCCAAUCUUGAAGGAAAUCCCUCAUGUGGAGCCUCGUUUAGCAACAACCUGCUGAGAGAUGUCUUCAUUACCACCUUCGGCCAUGUUUGUUUGUUAUUCUGCUCUGUACGGGCUAUGGUUGCGAGUUCGUCGCUCGCACUUAUGUUAUCAACUUGCAUGGCAUUUAUCGUGAGAUGGCAAAUAUUUAUUGUGGAGGAAUUUUCUGAGGAUAAACACAGCAUCCAAAAUCAUCAGCCUGCCCAUCACAGACCUCUCACACCUCAACAAUAUCUCCAUCACAUGCAUGGCCCGGACUAUCAGCACAGACUCAGACCACCCUCUCCACAGUCACUUCUGCCUGCUGCCCUCAGGCCGAAGGUUCAGGACUCUGAGGUGGAAGCGGGCACGUUUCAGCAAGAGCUUUGUCCCUUCCGCAAUCGCUGCCCUGAAUAGUUUGCAGAGAUAAUCCCAUGCCUAAUCUGCAUGUGUGUUGUCCUGUUAGCCCUGUCCUUAUUGUUAGUAUUGUGAUGUCCCGUGUGCCCCUCUGUCCCUUAUUAUGUAACGUGCCUUGUUGUCCUUAAGUGUAUGUGUCCAUGCAAGUGUCUGUGAAAAUGAAUAUCCCCCCGGGGACAAUAAAGGUCUAUCUAUCUAUCUAUUUAUCUAUCUAAAUUGUGAACAGUAAUUUAACGCCCAUACCAAUUUGUCACGCACACCUUCAAAGACAAGAAAAACUAAGACAUUUUUACAGUACUAUCACAAACUCCUGAAAACUUCAUCUCAAAUGCAACUCAUUUGGGAGUUAGCUAUAUGUGUGAAUGCAAACGGCUACAUUUUCAGCUCAACUUCAUGCAAACUUCUUGCUGUUGGUGCCUUGGUAAAACCAGGAUAAUAUAAGGGUUAGAUGAAGUGAGAUGGCAUCAGGAAAUAUUGCGCAAAGUUAAUUAUUGGCAAGCGAGUGGGAGGGAGGUGAUAAUGUUUGUUUCACUCAUCCAGUGUGAGUUUUGCUGCUUUCUCAGUACCUGCCAGUGUGUACUUCUUCACUAAUUCAUCUAAACUGUGGAUAACUUUAAUAACUUAUAGCUCUGGUAUAAAGGCUCUAACUGUUGUCAAAGGGCAUAUUUAAGUUAACCUGGAUGAUACCCAGUCAGCAUAAAAACACACAAUGAAGACUUUCUUUAACUCGACUGCUUCAUUUGCCAACCUUUAAAAAUAUUGCAUCAUUGACAGUAACAGUGGUAAAAGCCAAACAAAGACAGAUGUCAGAAGUUGACAGAAAAAACAAAAUUGAAAAGGAUUAGAAGAAACAAAACAACUAUAAGAGUGUAAAAAAGGAACAGCCACUUAAAUCCUGGAUCAGGUGGUAAAUCGUUGCACCCGGACUCUGCAGCAUCCUUUUCACAUUAUGUCCAGCUUCCUGGGACCUUUGCUCCAUCCAACAGGAAAAAAACACUUCUGGGCCUGAAGCUCCUGAAAAUAUCUAAAAAUCUGAGGAGGUCAUGUAUUAAAGAGGCUUUUGGUUGUAAAAAAAAAAAAAGUUGAGCGAGUUAUUUAAAAUCAAGUCUUGUUAAAAUAAAAACAGGCAAACACCUGCCUAUCUGUAGUUGAACAAUCCCCCCCAAAAUCUAAUACACAAUCACUGCGAUGUAACUACUCAGGUCCUGCUUUAAUCUUUAAUUCUUGCCAUUUAGCUCUACUUCUGAACUCUGCUCAGGGAUCACUCUUUGGGAAAUCACACGUUUUAUGUGACAAGAGAGUCUCUGAUAUGAUCAAGAGACAUUUAGUGUUUGAUAGAGAACUCCCAUUAGCUCGGGUUUCCUUCCCCUUUGAGGAGUGACAUUAGACUCGCCCUGUUUAUCGUAGCACUUUCAAUCAGGUUGUGUUUUUACUCUGCAGAGUAGGCCUCUUUCUGUCUCUCUAUUCCUGAGUGGGAGCAUCUUUGCUGCUGAUGACAGCACUACAAAGAGGUGUCAGGUUUCUCUCAUGGGUUCCUGCUGGCAUGAAGGCAGCCUCUCGUUCUUCGAUCUUUUGCACUCACUUGAAGAGAAGUGAAGCGUUAUCGUCUUGUUAAAUACGCACACCUCGCUUUUGCAUUGCUGCUCUUAAGAAGGAGUUUGUUAAAAUAGUAAAGAAUCAUAUCACAGAGCGUUUUAGUCAAUACAUGCUAUUUUAGGGCAAUAAAACAUGCUUUUUUUGGUUUUUCCCUUACAGGGCAUAUGUUGCACUGCUGUAGUCAAGCAGCAUCAUAAACAAUUGACUCAUAACAAUUUUGUUUGCUUUUUUCAUGUGCAGAGAUCCGUAACCAGCUGGUAGAGCAGUUCAAAUGCUUGGAGCAGCAGUCGGAGUCUCGCAUCCAGCUGCUUCAGGACCUGCAGGAGUUUUUCCGCCGCAAGGCUGAGAUCGAGCUGGAAUAUUCCCGCAGCUUAGAGAAGCUGGCCGAGAGAUUCUCCUCCAAGAUCCGCAGCUCCAGGGAGCACCAGCAGUUCAAGUGAGUGACCCUUUAUGCACGCUUGACAUGCAGGGUUUGAUGCUAAGAUGGUUGCACAUCAAAUGUUAGUUUCGUCAAAAGGUUGUGUGCAAAGUUUCCAAAUUAAUAGCACUCUACCAAAAGUAGGAAGCUGAUUUUCUCCCCUCCUUUAUAAAUUUAAAUGAUCUCCAACAGAAAACAUGACCCUGAAUUGCAACAUAGGGCUGGGCAAUAAACUGAAAGUCACCAAUACCAAAAUUUACGACAAUAACCAACGUCAUUUUGCCCAUAUCGAUAUAUUUGGUGUAAAAAAACAAAUAGAAGUUGGUUUUGGAUGUGUGUAGGUAGGCUAUGGUCUCAUGUCCCUUUAAGAUGCUGUCCUACAUUGGAGAUGUGACUCCACCCCAUCCAGUCCGUAACAAAAAGGGAAAGACAGGUGAGGAGAUGGAGGACGGUUCCAAAGUUGUAGCGGCGGCUGAAGUAGACGAAGUUAAUGUGGUGGGGGGUGAGCAGUUUGUGGAGUAUUUAUCGUCCAUUUAUCGUGAUCAAGGUGAACUGCUCAAUUUAUCCUGAUAUUCACUUGAGGCCAUAUCGCCCAGCCCUACUGCAACAUCUAAUGUUUGAUGUAUGAUUUAGUUAAAAUUAAGGCAACUUUCUAGAAAAAUGUAAAAUGAUUCCCUUGGCCUGAAGAAAGUUUGACACACUACCCUGAGAAGUGCCUGCAGUAUUUGGACUCAGACAAGCUGUAUAACUUCAUUCUAUCUGAGGCUCAGAUCUGUUUGCAGCCUCAGAGGCCCAAGGCAAAAUAAAGUUUAACUCCUUUUUAAGCAUUUUAGCUCAUUGUGUAAAUGUAAAAGUUAAUAAAACUUUACAGUCUUCUCUUCUCUCAAGUUUGACAGCUUAGGAAUAAAACUGUAUUUCUAUGGCGAUCUAAGCAAGUGAAUUCACCUAUCAAGGAGAGAACAUGCCUCAUCCUAUGAGAAACUAAAACUGUGUUUAAAGCAGUAAUAUGUAUUAUUCUCUCUCCUUCAUGUUGCUUGUGUUAACCAGACUCUGUUUAGUUCAGUUUUUUUCUAUAGUGUCUGAAUUUUGGUUUGUAGCACACUUUCACUAUUUAUAACCUGACUGUAAGACCCCACCCUGCUAAUCACAGUACUCCCAAUGAUUACAGAGCACAGCUAUGCAACAAAAUACUCCAUUAUGUGUGUGUGAACUAUGAGGGAAUAUCUGAUAUCACAGAUGAGAUCUUUAUGACGUGUGUUGGCUCUGGAGUGGAGAUGAGGAUUCAGGUCAUUUCAGAAGUAAAACAUUGUUGUAAAGCAGACACGUUACUUGUAUUUAAAUUAGGGCUUCACUUGAAGAAAAGUAUUGUGUGUGUGUGUGUGUGGGGGGGGUGACAUUUGUAUCAUAUGAUCACAAGAGGUCGCAUUAAUAUGAAACUGCAGGUAGAGUGGAGAUCUCAGUCAUGAUGGAAACAUUACAUUGAGGCUUUAGCAGACUUUGCAUUCAGAAGACUUUUCUCUAACUAGUAACUGGUCUUAAUUUAUGGACAGCUUUAUUAUUGACUGCAUUUUUGAGUUGCAGUCUGCAGUAUCAACAUUGUUUUCAGAUAGAACUCAAUCCAGUGAUGAAACUAAAAGAGAAAAUGCAUAAAUGAGUCCCAGAAGUUGAAAACAAUGACUUUAAGUUUUUUUCUUAUGUCAUUACAUUAAAUCUGCUCACAUGCUCUUACCCUGACCCACUAAGACCUGCAGUUCACACACUUAAAGGUACAUAAAAGGUGUAGUCAUCUGCAGAGAAACCACCAGGAACACAUUGGUACAUGAGUCACGCGGUGCAUGAAAUGAAGCUCUGCCGCUCCCAAAAUCGAGCACCUCAGGCGAGUGGAAAAGCUUUAACCCUGCUGUGAUCUGGCACUCGAUUCAGUCAUAGAUCUACUCCUACAUAUUUGUAGUCCAGUCAGCUCUGAGUCUCGCACGCCGAAUAGUGGGAGUGCAUUCCUGACAUUUUCAUAUUUUAAACCUGAGAGGAAUGUGUAAUUUGAGUGCUCUACACUCAAACACAAGAUAAUGAUAUUCAAAUGAAAAAAAAAAGGAACAAAACAAACAGAUGUUCCCAAAUCUGUGGACCAGAUGUGGAAAUAUGGUGUGACACAGAAAAUGCAAUAAGUUCACAAACUAUAAACACUGUAAUAAUAAAACAAACAAAUAAAACAAACAUAAAUAAAUACAUACAGUGUGGACAGCUCAAGCAGGGUUUCACUCAAAUUUCCUUUUUCUAUUUUUACUAUACUCGAUAGUGUUACAACCAAAUAAGAUACGACAGAGUUUUGUGCACGCUCAACAUGGUGGAGCAGUGUGUGUCUGUGUGAAUGCUUGACUUGUUUAAUUGAGUCCAGCUGUGUUCGAGGGAGCGCUGUGCUGCUCUGUGUCGUCUGGCUGAUAGUAGACAGAGUUUUCUGCUGCUGGGAUACGACGGCCGAACUUUUACAGACUUUACAGAUGAUCUGCUCCACACAGAGAGAGGAAGGUGCUCGAAAAUAAUCCUCAGAUGCAUGAUCUGAUCAUGUGACACUUAGAUUGUGGUUGACUUAAAAGCAAAUGUGCUCCGAUGCAGGGUUUGGACAAAGGUCGCUCAUAAUCACACAUGUAUAAAAACGCAGCAAAGAGAUAACUUCCUGUGUGUUGACAUAGAGGCUUCACACUUUAAAUGUGUCGACUUUAGACGAGUUUCCUGUAUAUUUUUGUUACUUCUUUGUAACUGAAUGUAUUGAAAACAUGUUUAAAACACAAAAAUAAUAAUAAAAUUGGAGCUGAAGAAGUGCAGCAGAAACGGACCACAGAGGAAGUGUGUGUGGGAGGCUGCCCCUUCUUUAGGGAUGUGUAAAGGAUGUUAAACUGAGUCAUCAUGAAACUCUGUUAUUUAAAAUCUUCACCACACACACACUUUCACAUGUGUCAGAAAUACAGUUUACCUUUCAUAGUGAUUACCUUUCUUCACUCUCACUAGUCUGCACCAGAAUUAUAAGCCACUUAGACAAACCAUAAAUAUUCUGAUGACUGACCAUAGACCUAAAAUGCCAUUCAAAUGUUGUGUUGUAGGGCAGUCAUCUGCUUCUGUAGCUCCAUAUAAUGGCAACUGCCACAUUGCUAUAACGCUCAACCACUGGGAUGUAAAAAAAGCACAGAUGAUAGGUGGCAUCUUGCAGUAUGGUGUAGAUUCUUGAUCUAGGAAAUGGGGAUAAAGUAACAUAUAACCGCUUGAUUGCAGCAAUACAUAUAACUAGCACAAACAGGUGGACCUUGACCUGCAAACACUACUGGAGGCCCGGGGUCAGGCUCUGUAUUGGUAGCCACACCCGUCACAUUUACCUGCAGACUGUGUGAUUAUCUGCUUUGCUGUGUUGAAUAAAUUGUGCUGACUGUGACUGCCUUUUUUUUUAUUUUAGACUGUAACAAUUUAGAUUUUUGUGUAAAGGACUUAAAAAUCUGUAAAUUUGGAUUAUCCUGCUUUAACACUUAGAACUCCGCUGGAUCGCCGAUCCCACGUGACACCAUUAAUAUUGUUUACAGUUUCUCAGGAACUAUACCGUGUAUCUCUAUGGGAUGAAAAGUGUUUAAAAGCUUACCCUUUUGGCGAUCUAUCGAGGGUUUCCAAGCAUCUCUACCCCUUCCAAAAGGUUUACCAUCCAGCCACAAAAAUUGAUGUUUGAUCAAAGAUGUUUGAUAAACCGGUGAAAACAUGGUUAUGUCUCAUAUUGUAGUGGUAAAAAAAAGAUAGCUAUUGCUAAAUGCCGCUAAUGUCUUCCAGGUUUGAUAAGCUGUUUUGAUGACAUCUUUUUCUGUCAAACUUUCAACCAAAUACAUGGUCUCAUAUUCUUCUUCUAUUGUUCCCUUGGCAAUAGUGUCCAAUAAGAGGCAACCAAAGAUCAACAAGAGACAAGAAAGUUCCCUGCUUGUCUGCAAAAUAAGAAAUAAUGGUCGUCAAUGCUUGAAAACAAGCAAAGAAGAGAUUCUGAGCAGUAUGAGGUGGCCCUCUGUCUCAUCCCAGAAGGGAACAGCUUCAAGGAGUGGCAUAAACAACUGUAAAUAGCAAAAAUGCCUGGAGGAAUUAUUGUAAAUAUGUAAAUAGUUUCUGUUGUGUUUUUGUUCCAAUCCCAGUAUUUCUUCUCCUGAUAGCCAAGACUUAACAGAAUGAUGUGCAGGUGAGAAAAGGCUUGGUCACUAGAUUUAUGUGUUUUUUGAGCAAAGUACUGUUUGUAUCAAUUUCCGUUUGUGUGUUUUGGUUGACUUUGAUGGUUCUGAAUCUACUGUCACAUUCAUUUUACAUAAUUUUUGCACCCAUAAACUGACAGCUGAGGUUGUCCUGAAAAAAAUAUGUGUAUACAUUUGCUGUGCUUUAAAGGAUAGAGUUGCUACAUAAAUUUUUACACAAAAUAAAUAAAUAAAACAACAACAGGCGGACAGAAAAUAGCAAAAUAUAGCAGGGAGUGCUAAGGGUUAAACAGGGUCCAAGGAAUCUUGACUUGACAGUGUAAAUUCCAAAGUUAGUCUCCUCUAAUCUACAAAGAGGAUCAUUUUAUGUUACACCUUAUGCCCUAAAAACCUGGUCUAGUGUGGCAGGCAACCUAUUAAUCAGCUGUUACACACCCUUUACUGUGCCUUUUCUCUCUCUGCAGAGUUGUUAAGUUCAUGGCGAAACCAUAAUGAUGCCAAUAAGGCCUGGCAAGAAAAACACUGGUUCUGGUCCAGUAAACACAGUUUUGGCAUUAAGCCCAGCUCUUCAACAUCAAACAUACAGAAAUCAUAAACAUUUAAGCCUUCAAACCUCUCUCUCUCUCUCUCUUUAUUACUCAUUAAUAGAUUUUCCUGUUAACUUUGACUGUAUUGAAUCUGAUCCAAAACAUCCGACCUAUGCUUCACCCAACAUCCCUAAACACCAGUGACUGGGAUUUAUCCCAGUUUUACUUCUGCUUUGUAAAUUGUGACUUGAAAAGCAGUGAAUUGUUCGUUCUUCUGUGUUUGUAGAGGCCAGAAUAGGCAGCUUUAAUAGAGUCAUCUUCACCAGGAUAGACUACCAUAUGUGCUGGAUCUCAGCCUGCAGUCUUCUGGCUGAACCCUUCCUGUGCAGAUUCAUUAGCAAGCUGAACGCCACUGUGAUUUACAGCUGCUGCAGCUACAGCUACACCGCAGCAGCAGCAGCCUGACCAAGCAUCACUUUGCUCUCCACUUUACCUCAUUUGCCACAGUGUGGAUACAGUGAAGGGUUGCCUCGCUGCCUCACACUGCAGAUAGAGAACCGCUUCCUUUUUUUUUUUCUUCCAGUUCCUGAGAGACAACAGCUAACCUGAUUUUAAUUAUGGAGCAGACUUUUCAGGGUACAUCAUGAAUGGGAUUUUUAAUGUAGCACAUUGAAUUAGAGGGGAUGUGUAUCGUCUGUCAUACAGACAUAUUCAGACAUUACACAACCAUUAGCAAGACAACUCAUGCAAUAUUGACAUGGAGAAUAACCUGUCAAGGGGAGAUAAGACAGGGUUUGUAGUGCUGUCCAAAAUGGUUUGAGUGUGUCUAAGCCAAGUGAUUGGUCUGGGAGGGGAAAGUGUUUGGUGUUUAAAGCACCAGAUCUUUGAAGACCGUGGGACUUAUUGUAGUUUUGAGGGUGCCUUUACUAAUUCCGAAGUCAUGUCUGUUUUUAUUUCAUGGUCAGAAAAGUACUGCUUUGAAAUCAUCACCAAAUGUUCCAGCGUGUUUUUCCAGCUCAAUAAGAUGCAGCCUUCAUCUGUCUUGUAAGGACCUCUGUGAAGAAGUGUAAUGAACUGCAUGUCAUUAGCCAUGUUUACAUGUAAAAAAAAUCUUGAUCCAAUUAAAAAUUUGAGGGAUCGGACAAUCUGAAUCCAAUGUUUAGAUGGGUGCGAAAUCAAAUAGUCCGAUCAUGACAUGCGCUAAGUUUUAUUCAGAUUAGAAGCAUUGGGACAUGCGCAGAGUUGUCUGAUUUCACUAAAACAACUGCAAAAGAAGAGUUGUAUUUACGCCUGUGCUGUCAGCAAACCAACAAAUGCGGUAGUAGCUCACUUCAUCCAAUACAGGAUGUUCCCCCCAGUUAAAUGUUGUCUCUAUAUGGCGUCCUUGCAUACUUAUUUUACUGUUCUAUCAAAGGUUGCGCUGUGCGUGCAGACGUGACAUCAUUACGCUGUAUGUACGCCUUGUUAUGUUAUCGGAGGAGCAGACACGGCACCUGCGGUUGUGUUUUAUGCCAGAGUGUUUAUAAUGAAACCUCCUGUACUGGCCUCAAUAAAUAAGUCAAAGGUUAAAGAGUGAAGAUCAAGUCAGGUAAGAGAAUCACGAUCAGAAUAAGUGUUUACAUCGAAAAAAGUUUGGCAUAAACCACCCCUCUCGAUUGGAAUACAAUUUCUUUCCGAUUGAGCUGAAUUGGAUCAAAAUCUUCCGAUUGACAUGUUUACAUGACACAUUUUUAUUCCGUUUGUUUGUGCCCAUGUAGACUCAGCUCAUGUGUUGAAUUCUCAAAUCUGAUUGGUUAAUUACGGCAUUCUAAAGUCUGCUAUAUCUUAAGAUCAGACUGUUGCUAUGAGGAACAAGCCACGCUUAGGGAUACAGCUUUGGUCCAACAGUUCUGAGGAGCUAGAGUAGUUAGAAGUCGAGAAGCUAAAAGAAGAAAUGAGGUAAACAAGAAAUCCUCAAGUGGACACCUCAGGAUGGUUGCAGUUUUUGCAAGGGAGAUGGCUCAUUAUUCAUCAGUCAGCUGGUCGAUUAAUCGGUUUGUCCCUAGUUAUAAUGAGAAGCUUUGUAAUAGGGGGCACAUGUCUCUUAGUUAUAUUUAGUUAUAUGAUAAAUAAUGACUGCUAAUACAAUGUGGUGCAGUUUAAUUCCUCUUUCUAGGCUGUGCUCUUGCACCUGUCUACAGCUUUACAGCUUCAGUUGUUUAUGUUUAACCAUGUCACUCUGGAGCUCUGAUGGGGUCAAAGGUGAAACUAUAUCUCUGGUCUGUUUGAGGACAGGUUUAUUUGCUCUUGUCAGAUCAACAAGCCCAGCUUAUGGAGGUCAGCAUGUACAACAUCAAUAGAUCAGCUGGCUUGUACUUUGAUAAUCAGACCUCGUCAAACCUUCCUUACUGAUAGUGCUCCAUGUCUGCGUAGCUUUACACUAUCAUAUGUUGGCACUUGGUCUCCUCACAAACAAGAAAAAUAGAAAACAUUUUUAACGACGUGCAAAUCAGCACUGGAGUAUAUUGAAGCCUUGCCUAAAAAUGGGGGCAGAGUGAAUUUGAAUGGCAAAGCUGGCACGGUGUGCCCACGUGGCCCCUUGUCUUUUGAAACUGUGUUUGGCUGCAUCUCCUCUUUCUCGGCUGUUUCAUUGAUAAGCAGCAGGCAGGCAGGAAGGCAAGCAGGCAGGCAGGCAGUGUAGAGGGGAUUAAAGGCCUUUCAUAGAGCCCAGUCCUGGUUUGAUAAAUACAGACUUCCUUCUGGAAAUCCUGGCUCAGACACAUCAUAGGCCCUGGGUGAUUAGAUGGUGGCAACUGGUGCAACCAUGACUAAAGGAUGUGCACUGCUCCGUACUAUGAUUAGGUUCGGGGUGCACACAUGUUGGAGAGAUCUAGCCAUCAGCGUAUCUCAGAAUUAUGACAGAAUUCUUGAAAUUUAUCUUUUAUUUGUUGUUUCUCUGUUCACUUUUGCUGUAACUGUGCCAGAUCCUCUUCAUGAAUUUAAAAGAAAGCACUCCAUGGAUGCAGACCUUGGAAAAAUCCAUGGAGACAGUCAGGUCGAGACAGAUGUAACAGGAUGCUAGAGAGCUUCACCCCUCUCUCCUCCUUCUCUUCCCCCCCUUCCUUCUCAUUUCUCUAGAGACCACCAGAGCUCUUCAUUUGCCGCCUGCAUGUUAAUGAUAUCCUGUGUUAAAACACCACGGGCAUGGUGCCAUCCAAAACCAGCCCUUUGAAGCCAUGUACAUCAAUUGACCUGCAGGCUCUCCACUGAUACUUAGUAUUUUGUAGGAAAUCAUUGAUGGCAAAUGUAGAAUAAGAUCAGAUACAGGAAUAAACCAGAGCAUUGUGAAAAUUAAGCACAUUUGAAAGAGUCACUUUGGAAAAGGUAGCUCCUCUGUCCUAUUAAAAAAAAAACAAGGAGCUACAUUUAUUAUUGUGUUAAAAUACCCAGCUCCCAGAGAUGAGGCCUAAUUACCCAUCCUGCUUCUAAUUCGUGCCAAAUUAGGGCAGUGACCAGGGAAAAGAAGAUCUCACAGUCUUUACUGUUUUUACUCCCUAAGGCCUACUAAAAGAAAGAGCUCUAAUUCCUUUGGCUUCACAGUCAGUGAACACUUCUAGUGUUUAUUUUAUUGACACUGAUGGUCAACAAACAAAGCCAAUAGAAUAUGAUGAUCCUACAACUCCUAACAAGAUGAAUUUUGGUAUUUCUUUAGAUGAUGCCUGGUCUAAAUUCUGAUUUGCUUGAACUUGCUACUUGGUAAAUUGUUUCUCUAUCGGUGAGUGUUGUUUGAAAAUUGGAAAACAUUGUCCAGUUGUGUCGGAAAAUUUAAUUAGGAUAUAAGACAGCAGCUUUACAUCCCACUGAGCAUUUUUUUUUGGUCUAAAAGAGGUCUAAUAGACAUCUAAAUGCAGCCUAGACAACUGGUCUAAAAUCAGGCAACCCCAGGUCAAAAAAUUGAAGUUCUUUAGACGUCUAAAUUUAGACCAAGUUUAGACUAAAUCUAAAUCUGGGAUAUUUCUAUACUACACUGUAUAUUGCUCAAUGGCUGUCAUAAUUAUUUUGUUUAAGUACUUGGAGAUCAGCUAUGCAACUUAAAGUUGCUUUUUGAAAUAAAUACUUAUCGAAUAAUGGGUUAAAGUGCAACGUCUAAUUUGCGUCUAAAAAUAUACAGAAUCUAGACGGUUGAAAUUAGGUCUAAAUUUCAACCGUGUAAUAGCCGUCUAUUGCUCAGUGGGAUUGGAGAACCAUCCUUAGCUACAUGCAUAAACACUUAAAACUGUUAGAGGAGGGCUAAGAAAAACUGCAUUUAGAUACAUAUUUGGGUAGGCGGCUGAGUGGGAUGUAAAAGGAGUUCAAAUGGGUGCAUGGUUGCAUGGAGUGAUGGAGCAUUUCUGACCACUUUUAGGAUUAGCAAGGAGUCGAGCUGACAUUCCCCUAAUCUCUCAAGCACAAACAUCAAUUAUACAGUUGGUAGCUGCAUCCUUCACAGGCAGAUAGGUCAGACAAGCAGAACUGGUACAGAAGAAACGGGCAAUCCUGAGGAGGGGAGGGAGAAAAUGGCCCGCAUUAAAAUCUAUUCAUCUGUAUAGUCAGUCAUUUGGGUUCAUCUCACUUUGAAGACCUAAUUUAUGCCUAGUGUAAUCAUUUUACGAUUUCUACUUAAUUGCAAGAUUUAAAUGUGGCGUGACUUGAUUGCUGGAUUCUUUUAAUUUACCGUUACUUUCCCGUAAUGGACAAUUAAUUGACUUGGUUUCAGACAACGUGCAUCUCAGGACACCGCUCAUGUCAGAGGAGGAGUGAUAAAUGGGAAGAUAAAGUUUGCUACACAUGUUGUCCUGUUCUCUACUCUGCACUAAUGCAGUGAGAGCAUUGUCCUGGUCUCCUGUCAGCCUGAUGUAAGUGCACUGAGAGGCAGAGCUGCAUAUAUAGGAAUAAUGGGAAAAGCACUCUGAAGCAGCUAUAGGAAUCAACUUCAUUAGAUGUGAUUAGCAUUAUGUAGGCUCUCUGAAGGGGGGCUCUUUGAUGUCAGAUCAGCUCAUUUCUUUUUUCCUGCUCCACACUGAAACCCUAUCCCCUCCACCCUGCUCCCGCUCUCUUCCUACUGUGCUCCCAUUUCUCUCUCUGUCUCUCUCUUUGCCUCCUCUUCAGGGUUGGAUGAUUGAUUAAUGCCAAGAUAGUAUCCAGACAAGGGUGUGUGUAUGUGCGCGUGUGUGUUUGAUAGUGUAAGUGGUUUAAUGUGAAUGUACUUUGAUUGCUUUAUUUGAAAGUGCCCACAGGCAGAGACAGUUAAAACUGAUUAUCCUGCAAUCAGGACCCAUGACUCUCAGGAUUAUUGUGGUCAGCAGCAUUACACAUUUACCAAGUUGAGACUUUGUUUGACUGCAGAAUUGUUUUGAUUGGGUGUGUGGGGCAAAAAGGAAAUAAAAAGAGGGGGAGAGGAUGCUCAGUGGGGAAGAAAUUGAUCAAGAAAUAUGGAAAUAAAAGACAAAUUGAUUAUUUUUAUUGUGAUAAUUUAAAAAGCUGAAGAAAACUUUUUCAUAUUAAUUUCUAAAUAAUAAUUUCAGAUAUACUUAUCUCUGGCCAUAUCUAGCAAACUAUAAAAAAUCACAGACCGCUGUAUAUGGAUAGCUGAUGAAAAUAGUGAAGAUGUUCUGUUGACAGCAGGUUGAGUUGUAGUAACUGAUCACGUGUAAGUUUCAAAUCUCUGGUACUUCAUGACCAAAAAUUUCCAAAACACCUACAAGUUAAACUGCAGGAUUAAUUUCAUCAGGGCCUGACUGUGUAUUCAGUCGACCAAAAGAUUAAUGUUGUCAUCCUUUUGAGUAAGCACCACAUUUAUCUGUCUGUCACACAAAUGUUUCAUAUAUAUAUUAUUGCUGAACAAAAAUGCCAUGCCUAAGCUGCAGCAUAGAUAUCAGGGCUGUAUCGCCGGAUAAUGGCUGCUCCAGUGAGGCUAAUGCUUCACUACCUGGAUGUUAACAAGAGCAGAUUACGAAAUGUAACUUAUAUCAUGGAGUGGUUUGUUUUAAUCUUGAAAACAGAGAUAAAGUUGUAUUUAUGUUGUCACAUUGAAGUGGAAUAUAAACACAACCAGAGCAAUAUGCAUCUAGCGCCUGAGAUUGACAUUGACCUGCAAAGACCAAAGACUUGUGGCACCACCUCUCCUAAUAUUACUUGGCAAGCCUACUUGGCAAGACUCAUGAAGGGCUGAGAUGGUGAGAUAAAUUGGACAGCAAAUAUAAAGUGAUCAGACAAUUGUUUUGCUUAAGUCCAUUUACAUGCUGAAAAAAGGCAUUCUAACAUUUCUAAUGGUAGUGUUGUAGCAUACGAAUACCCUUUUCCCUUCCUUUAUCAAUAGGACAAAGAAAAAUUCUCAAAUGCAUGUGUUUUUCUUGUUCUUUUCAGGAAGGAUCAGCACCUGCUGUCCUCAGUAAACUGCUGGUACCUGGUACUGAACCAGACAAGGAGAGAGAGCCGAGACCACGCCACCCUCAGCGACAUCUACACCAAUAAUGUCAUUAUCCGCUUGGCCCAAAUCAGCGAGGACAUCAUCCGCCUGUUUAAGAAGGUUGGUGAGAAUAGCUUCCUUUUUGACGAUGUGACAAUGCAAACAAUAUAAGAGCUAGAUGGACAAUGUUUUGGAAAGGUAUAAACAGCAGCUCCUGGAAGGCUUCACUCUUCAGUGUGCAAGCUCGUGAUAUCCUAUAGAAAUAUGUAUUCUCAUGUGUCAAAAAAGCAUUGGGAAAAGGAAAUGUAAAGAACCCCCCCUGAAUCAACAGCCUACAGCCCCAAAUGGUGUGAGCGCCGGCUGGCUGGCUGUCAGCACAUAGCAGAGAUGACUGAGGUCUUAUCCAAACAGCAGAACCCUGUUUUCACCUUGCAGGCCUUCCUGUAGGUGAGCUCUAGUCUGCUUACUUGGCUCCAUUCAGAAAUUACUUUGUGUGUGCCUGUGUGCACGAAUAUGUCUGUCAGAAUCAGUGCCAGUCCUGAAAACGAAGAGACUCCAUCCUCUUUCAAUCAGGUGCCCUCAGGAAACUUUUUUCGAUAUUUGAAGGUUUGAAUGGAUGUUUCUGCUGCUGCCUUAUAAAAACAUUAAAGAGAGGUCACAUGUAUUGUAGCAGAAACAUCAUUGAGCUCAGAGGAAAAUGUUAAAGUGAAAUAAAUGAAAAGGCUUUGGGUGAUUGACAGCUGUUUACAGCAAGGUGAUCAACAAUAGAAAGUUACUAUUAAGAAAAGUGGGAACCAAAGGGUUGUUUAACAUUUGGUCGUUUGGUCUGUCAAACAUAUUAUUGCUCAUCAUGAAGACCUUUAUAGGUGUAGUGAUUGGUACUCUGUAUAGUAUGUUUAAGACUGCAUAUUUCCAAAGAGCUGGAUAUAUUGAACACAUUCUCCAUGUUUGAUAGGUGCUCUUUAAGUGUCAAGAUAUGUACGGGUUUUUAUACCUUCAAGACAUCUUUCAUGGUAAAAGAGACAUCUCAGAGGGAUGGCCUUGGCCCCCUCACCCCAAAGAAACCUGAUUGGCCAACACCUGCAUAAACCAUUCUCUCUGAAUAAGUGCAGUAUGAGUAUGACUCUACACUUGUCAAGUUUUUACUACCAAGAAGGUCUAUCAGUUCAAAUUCCCAUGCUUCCUUAUUGUCUAACUGGUGCAUUUAACACACUCAUGUACUCAAUACAAGAACAUGUAUGUUUCUAGUUUGUCUAUUCUUUACUACAGUAAACAUGGCAGAGUAAAUUUGCGGUCUCAGUGGAAGUGAAUCUGCUCCAAUGGAGGUAUUAUUCUAUUUCUACUGAGGGUUGUUUGGUAAAUGUUAUCCUCUGAUUGAGCACCUUUGAAGCAGUGUAGUUUUUUGUGUGUAUUUGAAUCCUUAAAUUAUAUGAUUGUCUAGAGGCAGAAAUCACUGUAUGUCCAAUGCCAACAUAGUUAUCAGUGCUGCAACAGACUUCUAGUAGUUUUGUGACAUUUAAUUUUAAUGCAUUUUCUCAAAUCUCCUCUCAGAAGAUUUUUGACGCGUAUGAAAUAGAUUCAAAAAUACGAAAGUAUACAAGCCCGUUUACAAGAAGAUUGUUGAUUUUUACAGUAAUAUUUUUAAUGCCUAAAACUAGUACAAGGGAUAGGUAUCAGCCUAGCAUUUUAAAUUACAGGUCUGUUUACUUUUUCCACAUAAAUCACUCAAAACAAAUGAUAUAUUUGACUUUGAAAAGUCAGAAUUAUGAGACUUUUUGUCAGAAGACACUAACUAAAUAUGUAAAAGACAAGAUGAGCUGAGACUGCUUGUCCACAGGAAGCAUCAAAAUGAACACAAACUGUUCCCCACAGGAGCUUUAAGUUUGUAAGAUAACAUCUCAUGACAAAGAGUAACGUCUGUAUAAAGCCUUAAUGUACAAAAAUGGAAUAAUUAUUAUUACAAAUGGUGAGAGAAAUGUUAAUCCAUGGUAUUCUAAUAGGCAUGUGGACACAUAGUCCAGGUCAAUUCUGUUGAACUCACCCAUUCAAAGAACCAGAGUGCAUCCAUGCAAGGUAACAACAUGAAAACUGUCUCAGAAAUACAAUCAGACUGCUGCAUGUGUUAAAGCAGUGAGUUAAUUCAUGUUGCAACUGUUGUUCUUUACCUUCCAUAGACAGAGGAUGUAAAUAAUGUAUGACCACAGGCAGUAUAAUAAAGGCUGCUACAGUCUGACCCACUACAGCUCUUACACUGUAUUGCAUCACACAGGCUGAUCGAACCCUCCCUGCUCCCCCUGAGCCUCUGCAGUGCAUGCUGCAGUCUGUCUGCCUUCAGAGUCACUCAUGCAGGCAGAUGCCAUUCACCAGCUGCCUGAGAUCUCCAAGGGUUCUCCCCAUUUAUCACAUCAUAGUCUGGUGCCUGCUUUAGUGCUGCUUAAUGCCUUAAAUCUAUUUAAAAACAAAGCAAAACAACAAAUCUUCCCUGUAUUACUCGGCUUGUUCAGUCUCCCCCCCCUCCCGCAGCUACAUUUCAUAAUCCUGUUAAGUGAAGAACUGUUGGAGCAAGAUUAUGUUUCAUGAUUUUUUUUCUGUAGUUUAGAUUCUGACUCACUAGCAGCAAGUUUUCUCAAGCACAGAUAUAAUAGCCAAGCAGGGUGUGGACAAAACCUCAACCUUUAUCUGUGUGUGCAUCCCUCCAAAUAAAUGCUAGGUGUGGUUUGAGUCGGUGUGUGUGUGUGAUUGUGUGUUUAUGUGUUUUUCACUGAUUUCUCAUACUGUGUAGUUACAGUGUUUGUUUUUUUUAUAGCAAAACUCCCCCCUCCUUAUUUCAGGCUGUCAGAAAAUGACACCUCUCAUAGUUAGCCAUAUGUCACCAUGCAUGACUGUCAUGCACCUUGCUGAGUCAUUGUGUUGCACCAGAAUGAAUGAAUCAGCUGUUCAGCCUGUUGUAAGAGGUGUCUUUUUCAAAGGUAGUGCACACUGGGGGUUUACAGAACUCUUGUACUUAAAAGUUGCUGCCAAUUUUAAAAGCACCUCACACACUGUUCACUUGGAUAUGCAGUCUGCAAGCUUCAGCUAUUGUUAGCUCUAUGCUAACAGCCUGACCUGAUUAGCUGUGUGCAUUAAUCCAAGACCGACAAGGCUGUCAAUGUUUUACUCCUGAACAUGGAUCUGAUUCUAAUUACCUUUCCUUCCUGUCAAUCACCUGUGAAUACUCUGAAAGUCUGAUUAGCAAGUUGGAUUUGUUGUCACAUGAAGAUCCAUUAUUUUUGUCAGCUUUCAAACAAUGUUGGCCUUUUUGUGUGUGUAAAAAAUACAGUGCAUUUCAUCCCACUGACCACAGUGAGCAGGCUCAAAGUUUUAUUUAUUAUUUAAGUUUGACAGGACAACAAUGAUUAUCAGUGAGAACCUUUGUUGACAGUGAUAAACUCUGUGUAAACUUAAACUCCGUGGUGGGGCUCCAACUCUUUACGCAGAGCACAACACCACCAUCGCAGGUCUUGCUGGCUGCUUUCCAUAUGAUUUAUCUUUUACUUUGAAAAAAAACUGAGUCAACAUGAGAUUAAAGAUUGUAUUUGUGCCAAGCUUCCAUUAUCUCAAGUACACUACACAGACUUUUUUUCUUGAACAGCUAACGAUCCUUAUCACCCAUUUAAUGAAACGAGGUCCAAAAAAUGACGAUUGUUCCUAAGUCACAAGUCAAAUAAUUCUUUAUUUUGAUAUUGCAGUAUAUUUGUAAAAUACACUGAUAUAGUAUUACAAUACACUUUUUAACAUGCUUAUUUAAGCUAUUUAAAGUAAAGAAAACAGGCCAUGAAAUGUCAACAGAUAUGUAAUAUGGUUUGUGGAUAGAAUUUUCAGACCCUGAUGUUUUUGGCUUUAAAAAGGUUCCCAAUUCUCAUAUCUGUGGUGACACCUUGAGGCAGAUGAAAGAAAACAUCAGAAAUGUGAUGAAAUGUUUGACUUGGCUGUUUCAGCUGGCUUAGAUCCCUCACUCAUAUUACAUCCACUGGGAGACUAAUAUUUAGGGGUUGAGAGCCGGCAAACUGAAAAACCUGAAUCAGUUUAGAAACAUUGAACUUUUCAAAAAAUGAUCAUGAAUUACAUGUACAUUAAAUUAAUAGUAGUAGAAAACUAAAAAGGGUGCCCUUAAACUGCACAAAGAUAGCUGCUAACCGAUUCUUGUGAAAACAGUGUUGAAGUGCAUAUCAGGGUUGUCCUAAAGUGACCAAUUUCUUAGUUGUUUUAACUAAGUAGCCCAAAGUCAAGAAAACACUCAGAAAACAUUAAAAACCCCUCAAGCAUAAUUAAUUCAACACAUCUAAUCACAGGAUCACAGGGUUUGUGAGUAAGACUUGGCUUCUAUGAAAUGCUGUUUAAACCCAAUCAUAUGACUGUGACUCAUGAGGAGAUCCUCCUCCAGGUAUUUUAACAUUUGUUACAUCCCUGUAAGAGAGCAUUAUUGGAUUAUGGUAGUAGCUAUGAUCUGAAGCUCCUGCCAUGGCCCGGGCAGGUUGGACACAACAGACAGUAUGACUAGCAUUCAGGGCCAGCAUUUAUACAAGCAUACAACACUGUUAAAAACACACACAUAUUCCCAGUAUAUACAGUUGUUAAAUGUUUUUGUAAUUGAAUUGGAGGAUUUUUCUUUAUUUCAGCCUUCCUCAAACAUUACAACUUCUCACAACUCUAAUACAAGAAGAGGAUUUUUGUUUUCUCGAAUGUAUCUGACUGUUAAACAAAGAUGUUUGAGCUGUAGUGCAAAUUUUCCCUCCAGAGUCUUCAAACCAAAGCUGUGUGUUUUUCACCCCCACAAACAGACAUUUGCUCUGUCAGUUCUUUCUGCUUACAGCUGAGUCCUGUUUUUGAUUAUAAGUCUUGCUGCGUGAAGUGAUGACUGUGAAAAAGGUGCCGUGGGACUUCCCGAAGAGUUCAAUGCAGCACUCGAAACACAACUGGUGACAAGACAAACAACAGCUUUAGCAAUCCUCACACUGCUGAAAUAAGACAUGAAACUGGAAGUCUGGCUGGUUCCUCUUUAAGAUUUGUUGAUUUUUUACUCGAGGUCACAGUCAAGCAAGCAAGUGGCUGUCUUCUGUUGUCAAGGAUGUCACACUGUCUUUACUUCUCCAAUGCACAUCACUUUACCACAGUUUAAAGUUUUGGAGGAAAAUACAACCUUUCAGAGGAAAUAUUGCAUUUAUUGUGUUAUAAUCCAAGGCUACCUUUCAUUGUGGAAUACUAUUCAGAUGUUCCAUGACAAAAUUUGGUCAGUUAAUCAACAAAAUCAGUGAGAUUUAUACUCUAAUCAUCCUCCAGACAUCUUUUUUUUACUUUUGUGACGAUCCAUCCAAUAGUUAUCCAGACAAGCCUGCUGCAUAAUAGACUUUGUUUCAACAGAUCACAGCUGAAGACUCAAACAUGAUUUGUUUUUCUCUGCUUGCUGUGUUUCAGAGCAAGGACAUUGGGAUCCAGAUGCAUGAAGAGUUGGUGAAGGUGACAAAUGAACUCUACACUGUAAGUAAUUCACUUUCUCUCCCUUUGAUUGAUCUCUCACAUCUUAUCCCAUCGCUGAGCUCAUCCAGUUUUGUUUCUUUUCUCUUUGUCUUUCUGACAAGUUGUUAUAUGUUUUUUUGUUCAUCAUGUUUUCUCUCUGGUUCAUGGACACAAAGAAAUACUUGUUUGUUUAAAGGUACUUUAACUUUGAAGCUGUAAACUUGUCUUAGCGCUUAAAAAUGUAGUCUUUGAAACUGGCCUUGACUUAUUUAUUCUGUGACCAUUCAUUUGAGGGUGGGAUUUAAAAAACACUAUCAGUGCAGGAGUUCGUCCAAUACCUUUUUCCAAAAAUGUCUCUUUUUGGUGUUAACAGCUUUGGCAAGUAUGAUACAAAAAAGACAUUUUCAUUAUGUAUUACACAAUGUACUACAGCGGCAUCUAAAAUAACCAAAAAGUCUGAUAAGAACUCAGAGAAACAAAGAAAAAAAAAACAAAAGACUGUAAAAAGGAAAAUGUCAAGCUCCAUUUACUUCAAAUAUUGGCAUCAAUAUUUUCAAUGUGUCUUAUAUUUUCUGUGCAGAGGCUGAGGUAUAGUUGAGGUCUUGGCAGUGGUUGAUUUGAAAGGUGAAAGGAAACACUUGAAUGAUGGCAUGGAAAAUCACAUUUUUUACUCUGAGCUGAACAGUGUGUGGGCUCUGAUCACUUUCACAUCUGUGGUUCCAUCAGCACAGGACCUGCUCAGUGGUCUCAUAGCUAGCUGUCUUUGUUGUCUGUCUUUAAAGAGAAGGAUAAAUAUCAAUCUAAUUGUAUUAUCUGCAUAUUGUUUGAAUGGACGCAUCACUUGUUUUUAGGUCACCUGUUCCAGCUCAGUUACUUUGUUGUGUCUGAUAUCAGACAUAGACCGUAUAAAACAUGGUGUGGUCACUGUGUGGUUACUGGAGGGACAUUUCAAAGUCUAAUCCUGGUUGGUACAUAAAACGCAUAAAGAUAGCUGCUAACCGAUUCUUGUUUAAACAAAGUAGCCCAAAGGCAAGAAAACACUCAGAAAACAUAAAAAAAAAACCUCAAUCAUAAUUAAUUCAACACAUCUAAUCACAGGAUCACAGAGUUUGUGAGUAAGACUUGGAUUCUAUGAAAUGCUGUUUUAAACCCAGUCAUAUGACUGUAACUCAUGAGGAGAUCCUCCUCCAGGUAUUUUAACAUUUGUUACAUCCCUGUAAUAGAGCAUUAUUGGAUUAUGGUAGUAGCUAUGAUCUGAAGCUACUGCCAUGGCCCGGGCAGGUUGGACACAACAGACAGUAUGACUAGCAUUCAGGGCCAGCAUUUAUACAAGCAUACAACACUGUUAAAAAUUUUUCUUUAUUUCAACCUUCCUCAAACAUUACAACUUCUCACAACUCUAAUACAAGAAGAGGAUUUUUGUUUUCUCGAAUGUAUCUGACUGUUGAACAAAGAUGUUUGAGCUGCAGUGCAAAUUUUCCCUCCAGAGUCUUCAAACUAAAGCUGUGUGUUUUUCACCCUCACAAACAGACAUUUGCUCUGUCAGUUCUUUCUGACAGGGACAUUUUAAAGUCCAAUCCUGGUUGGUACAUGAUCAAUGAACUACACAUCCCCAAUCCUUGUUGAAUAAAACAAUUUGUUUUGAGAUGCAGGGCUCUCAAGUGUCACAUAUUGAGCGUGACAGUCACUCUUUUGGGCCUUUUGUCCCGCACUCCUGCUACACAUUGUAUUUCUCACAUUGAAAAUAUAUACAUUUCUCUUGCGCGCUGCUCUAGCUAUGGCAUUGGCAGGAAUCGAGCACGUCUCCCAUUAGAGCGCCUGUGCCAGUACCAGUACCGAUUGGCUGUUUCUGAUUGGCUAUUGUGUGCGAAUCAGAAACAGAAGCAUGACUGUAUCUGGGUAAAUCUUAACGCAACAACCGAUGAAAAAAAUUCACUUCUGCUAUAACCGGCAAUCCCUCUAAGUUUUAUUUAAAAUAACAUUGAUAAUAAUAUAAAUGAUAUGAAAGACCCCCAUUCCUGUAACCCCUGGUCUGCAUUUAAAUCUUGAGAGCCCUGGAAAUGGGCUGCUUAAUAUGGGACAAAAUGGGGAUUCUUUGACUUUUGGAGCCAGCCUCAAGUGGACACUUGAGGAACUGCAUUUUUAUUAUUUUUUUAAUUAAAGCAUCGGCUUCAUUUUUAAACACUGUAAUUUAGUGCUUGAGGUCAGCUCAUGGUCAGACAGCCUCUCUUCUGUUACAAAUCCUUAUUUCUAGUUGGGUUUAAAUGUUUUAUAUAUUCUAUUUUGAUGAGAGAAAGGUAGCCCUCACCUAAAGUUUAUAAGUUCUGAAAGUUUAUGUUCUUUCCAGCGCCCACAUAGCUCAUAAAGCUUAUUUUUGAUGACUCUCAGCUGCUUCCCAUAUGUUGUAGUAUAAAAAUUCAUCAUAUCUGCUAAAUGGAUGCAUGGAUUGAUGUCUCUUCAUGUAAUUUAUCAAUACGUUGAAUUAAUUGUUGAUAUGACUCAUACUCUGAUGAAACAGAGGAGUGAUUUAACUAUGAGAACUAAGUAUAGCAUUACAUAACAGUAUUGCAGUAUCAAAGAAAGCAGCAUUUCUCCUUUUCUGAUUGAUAUGUUAAAAUGUGCUGUCAUUUUAUGUGUUUGCAUCAGCCUGUACUAUUUGUAUUGUAUAUAUUUACAAUAGCUGUCCAGAGCUGAAGAACUGAAUUGUUAAUAAUAGGAUUUCCAGCAGGCAACCCUGCAGACAGUUGAGCGUAUGUCAGGGAUAAGGAUGCACUGAGCUGGGUGAGGCUUAGUGCCUGAAACUGGACGAGCUCCAGGCAACUUCAGCAGUCUCUUGCCCCCCGAGGUGAAACAGAGGAGAUGGCAGAGCUGCCUAACUCUGUAUGACUAAUUCAUCUGUGCAAUGUGAUGAGAAUCAAACUACCAGAGGGCAGCGCUGGCAGCUCUCCCUGAUCCUACCAUCUGUACAUUUGGAUGCUGAAGCAGACGGGUGUUACAGGGAGCUUGUGAGAAAAAAAGGGCAUAUGUGUGUUAAUAACAUGCAUAUGCACUUUAAAAGGAAUUUUAUAAUGUUCAAAUGUCUCGAUGGUUGAACCCAGGCUGAGCUGAAAGGAAAGGCAGGUAUUAUUAUUGCCAUUUCCUGUUUGAUUUGAAAUAUCAGGGUGCAUUCAGGGUCGCUGCAGACUUCAGAAUCAAAUCAGUCUUCUAUGUUUUAUAUAUAUAUAUAUAUAUAUAUAUAUAUAUAUAUAUAUAUAUAUAUAUAUACUGUAAGUGUCCUCCCUAUUAAAUAGAAUCCUCAUAAAACUAAUAGGGCCCCUCUUCUCACACUCCACAUUUCAGACCUGUAGCCUUUUUUUUUUCUUAAAAGUUGGCAAAGGAUUGUGGUAGUUGUGCGAAACAUUACAGCAAAGGAGGAAAGCAUAUUGCUGCAUCGCCACCAUCCUGUCUUAUAAACGUAGUGAUUUUAUGCUUGUUGAUAAACCACAUACCUUUGCACAUUCAGUAUUUGUUUUCUCAAUUCUCGCACAUGAUCCUUUAUCUGCUUCAUCUCUUUGCAUUACUCCUUUAACUGUAAGUAGAGGACUGUCUAAGGGGAGGUGACUUGGCAUCUUACAACAACAGGAGUUUCCCUCAUUAUCUUUGGAAAAGUUUGCCAGGCAGUCACCGGAGUACGAGACUACACAAAGAACUGGUCUGCUUUUAUCCGUCUAUCUGCCCCUCACCCAAUAGUAACACUGUCUGCUGGAAGAAAAUAAAGCACUGUUUUUCAUGACUGCACCCCUGUUAGUAUUGUAUUGUACAGAAAUAGCAAAAUCAAUAGCGCGGCCACAUGGUGAUAGCCUCGUGGUAUUUUUUAACAGUUUUCUCUGGCUGCCAAAAAGGAAAUUUAGCAGAAAGAAAGCUGUGAAAUCCCGUUUGGCUCCCUGGCUGUGAAGUGAGAGUUCUGGGAGAGAGACUUUGUAAGAGUGCUAGCUUGUUGUUCAAAUAUUGUAGAAAGUAUGAUUCUGCAGCAAGAGUGUUGGAGAGAAAGAGAGCGAGAGAGAAAGAGAAAAAGAGAAGAGAAGAGAGUUCUUGUCUGUUCUUCCUGUGUCUGUGCCUCAUCAUUAUAACCAAACUGGAUGAAAAAUAGGAGCAAAAGCCACAUCCUGACAUCACUCUCAGAGGCGUUUCUCUAUAAAAUUCAGCUUUUUAUGAUCGAACUUGUUUUAAUUUCCUGCUACACUGACUUAAUAUCCUCACUGGGAUCAAUAAAGCUUAUCUUAUCCUCAUCAUUCACCACCUUGUGUCUGAUGUCUGCUCUUCUGUCUCUUACACACAUCUUAAGCUAACACUGAAUAACUGGCUUUUGAGCCUGAGUUUUACUGACGAUUUCAUUCGUUCAUUUUCAUUUUUUAAUUGAUUUGCAGACUGUCAUUCAUAAUUUUAGCUGCAUAUUUGUCUCAUAGCUCAAGAUGUGCACACUUAGUCAAUCAAAUAAUUCAAGAUUAUCACCCUAAACAAACCUUUUUUCUACAAGAAUUAGACCGACAAUGCCUCCAGUGGUUUAGCUGGACUGAGAUUCAUCAUAAGCCUUGUGACAUAAGUUCUUUGGAGGAGAUAAAUCCUUAUUUAACAAUUACUUGUCAUGCUUUUGUUUUGAUAUUUGUUUUUAGAUUUCUGUACACUCAGAGAAAUAUUUAGGCCUCAUUGCAUAUAAAAUUCUCAUCGACUGUGUUUGAGUGACUUAGAUUUAACAUAAACAGCGCAGGCCAAUAAACUUUAUGUGCUGCAUAUUUUUCAGUCAAGUGUAAAUAAAACAAUUAAGAAUCAGAUUUUUGUAACAAUAUCAUAUACUAAUAUAAGCCCAAUGUGUUUUGAAUAAAUAGUGCCAGAUUUAUGUAAUCAUCAUCGACAAAUCCAAUUUGUUUCUGUCUAAAAAUAUUUAACCAAAUGAAUCUUGGUUGAUCCACAGGACUUAAAUAUUUAAACUCUAUUCAUACUAUUAAACAGAUAGUAUGACAGUUAUAAUUUGAAUGAUGAUGUGAAUACUUAAAAAUAAACUGUGCCAUGAUUUAUUUUUCCGAGUGUAUGCUAUUGUAGUCAAUUUGAUAGAUUAGCAAUGAAUUGUUUACAAAAGGCUUUAUUCAGUUUCAACUGGAUUUUUAGACAAUGCUAAGCCAUGCCAAAAUGGUUGCUCAAUUAUUUCAGUUAUCAGAGUGUUUUCAUACUUUUAGAUUAGUUGGAUUUUAAGUUUCUAGUUAACCCGCUUAAAAAACAGGUGAUGCUAGUCAACACAUGUCAAAUCCUCACAGCUGCUGCAAACUCUACAAUCUAACGUUUAAAUUUCAUUAUUUGAAAAUGGUGACAAACUUUGAUUUCUGUUGGAUUAUGAUUUUUUAGUGAAAAGCUGGCAUCUUAUUAGUAUGUGAAGUACAUUUUCACCAUGAAAUGUUAUUUAUACUGUUAACUAUUCUAUGGAAAUCAUGGGAAUUUUCCAAGAAUAGUGAACGAUGCGUUCUUUUUUGCAAAGCUUUUUCUUGUGAGACUGUUUCCCUUUGCUCAUGCAUCAUCCACCAUUUUAGCUAAAGAUAAAUGGGAUUUCAUCUGGAUUUCAUGAAUAGGAUUUCAUCUGACAAGACUUGUUCUGUAGGAACAAACUUAAAAUUUACAUCUGCUCACUUAUAUUCUUGCCAUGAUAAUAGGGUGGGCGAUAAAAGGAAAAGUUACCAAUAUUCACAACAAUAACCAACAUCAUUUUGCCCAUAUCUGUAUAUCUGGUGUCAAAAAAAUACAUAAAUAAAAUUUGGUUUUGGAUGUGUGUAGGCUAUUGUCUCAUGUCCCUUUUAAGAUGCUGUCCUAUGUCAGAGACCUGACUCCACCCUAUUCAGUCCAUAACAAAGAGGGAAAGACAGGCGAGGAGAUGGAGGACGGUUCAAAAGUUGUAGUGGCUGGAGUGGUGGCCAAAGUAGACAAAGUUAAUGUUUGAGGGGGUGAGCAGCUAGCUGAGUAGUUAUCGUCCAUUUAUCGUUAUAGGGGUGAACUGCUCAAUAUAUCAUAAUAUUGAUUUGAGGCCAUAUCGCCCAGCCCUACAUGAUAAUCUAUAAGACCCUCAGCAGGUUUUUUUGGUCAUAAAGUAAAAUAUUGUUGUGGACAAUAAUAAGAAGUUUGAUUUCUACAAAUAUCCUCAGCAGUUGUCAACGUUUUCAUCUGCUGAAUAUUUUAGACACUCACUGAGUAUGUUGUUUCUUUUCCCAGACUGGCUUUCAUCAUUAAAAGCUCCAGCCACACUCUCACCGUUUGGUUUCUCACAGCAGCUCACAGAUUCAGCUCAGCAGUUAAAUUGCUCUUGGCUGUUGUCUGUGUGGACUCAACUAUACACACACCUACUGUAGACACAGCUGAAGCUCAGUCUUCCUGCAAAUUACUGACGCCUUUAGCUGUAGGUGCUGGAGUCACAUGGUUCAAAACUCGCUGGUAGCCUGUUUCCAGAGAAACUGUUUGACAGCCUGGAGAAGAAAAGACAGAAGAGGUUGCCUCAUUCCUUUCUGUAUUUUCACUCAGAGAAUACACCAGUGGCUUUUAUUCCAUCUUUAUAGACUUCAGGAGUUUGCCUCUCAGGUCUUAGUCACCCCUCUCUCUUUUAUUCCAUCAAAAACAAACAGAACCUUCCCGGGUGGAAGCCCCACUAAAUAUUACCAUCAGGAUUAGAGAUCAGUAAAAGAUUGUAGCUCAACUGACCAAACAGCAAACAUGAUUUUGAUGAGCUGUGUUCAAAAACUUUAAAGGAACCCUGCUGCUCAGGCUCACUCCUGUGCAAGCAUCAUGUGCUUUACCACAGGAAACAAAUAAACUGCUGUUUAUGUCCACUGUUAAAUAUCCUGAGGUGUUCAUAGAAAAUCCUGGAUGCCUGAGACGUUUGAAGAUGCAGCUCACAUAUGGCUGUUCCUUUACGAGGCUCACGAAUGAGGCUCCCAUGAGGAGAAACCCUCUCUGUGAACAUCUGGGACAAGUCUGGAAAGAACCAGGAUGUUUCUGUCUUGUCUUACAAGGGUUUUCUGUCACUGCAGUCUUGUCAUGACAGUGUUGGAAUCACUUCAAAGAGAAUCGUAACAGCGGAGAACAAUCACUGCAGCCAAAAGAGAUGAAAACGAACACCAUCUGAGUGAUGAAGAUGUGCUACAGAACUAAUGAAAUGGUCUUGAAAAGCCACAUUGAGACGGAGAUAAUGGGGCCAGUAAGAUCUGAUGACCACGAAUGUACUACACCCAGACGUGUGCCCCUGGAGUGACAUCUGUGUUACUGCUGCAGGCUAAAGAAGCUGAAAUGAAAUCACAUUUUUGUGGGUAUUAGCCUCAAUAUAAUCACACUGCUCUGUGAGUCCAUGUAAACACUAGGGGUGUCCCGAUACAACUUUCUUUACUUAUGAUAUGAUACUGAUAUUGUAGCCUUCAGUACUGGCCACCACUGAAAUUGAUCCGCUACUGGCACAAACUUGUACAUGGCAAGUUUUGCAUUCAGCUGCAACGUCUUUUCCAGACUUAAUCAAAAAAAAAUAUUGCCACACGGCCGACAUCACUCCUACUCCUUGCUACUUUGUUAAUACUUUAGUACACACUGUUGUUGUGAUCACAUGGGCUCUACAUGCUGGAUCUGGGUGCUGCUAGAUAGAGGUGCUGGAGCAGAGUCUGGAAUGGACUGUUUGUGUCAGAGUGCUGAUAUCGGAGAUUUUAGAUGCAGGCUGAAAUAAUCUGAUAUUCGUUUUUUGGCUGAUAUUGGACCGAUAUCCAAUAUCAAUAUUGGAUCGGCACAUCCCUAGUAAACACACCUCUGUGAUGAGCAUUGAUGCAAAUUUGGUGUAGGCUACAUUUGUUGCAUUGUUCUAUUAAAAUAGGUUUUCUUAAUUUGCAGAUUAAUUGUCUAGUUUGUAAAGUGUGAAAGAAUCAAAAAAUAUCAAUUCAUUGUCUAAAAGCAGGAAGUAAUAAAUGUUAAACAACUUUAGCUUUAGUUUUCUGCAAAUCACUGAUAAUAAACCUUGCCAUCCACUUCAAAGCAACUAUCGUCCAUCCAUUUUCUCUUUUCAUCAUUAAGCUGAUAAAUCUGUUGAACAUAGCUUGCAGCAUUUACAUCCUGUCUUUAAAUCUUGUCAGUUUACCCUCUAAAAAUGAUUACAGAUUUACUGUAAGAUGUGUUGAUGGUAAAUCCUGGUAACAGCGGUCAGGUGGGAGGUUAAAUAUCUGUCAUUCUCCUUCUGCAGGUGAUGAAAACCUACCACAUGUACCACACUGAGAGUAUCAGUGCAGAGAGCAAGCUGAAGGAUGCUGAGAAACAGGAGGAGAAGCAGUUCAGCAAGUCCGGAGAUCUCAAUGUGAACCUCCUGCGCCAUGAGGACCGCCAGCCAAGGCGCAGUUUUGUCAGGAAAAUAGAGAAGAUGAAAGAGAAGGUGGGUGUGACAAUGUUGUUGGUACACUUGAUAUAUCUGAAGCUGCUGAAUCUGAACUUUUUAUGACGAAAUAUAUUUAACAACCUUGUGUGAAGGGGUCACAGAUUUAGUUUUAUAGUGUAGCAAUGUGUGGAGGUGGGACAUAUCCACAAUGAUGUGGCAUCAAGUCGGGCACUAUGAUGAAAGCGGUCAAACAUCAUGUUAGGUAGGCCAGUCAUUGCAAUGUCUUUGCCAAAUUUCAUUUAUAUCCUUCACUUAUAUCCUGUCAUGACUAGGAAUAAGCAUGACACUGAAGUGGCAAGCUAAAAAUGAACUAUUAAUAACAAGCUAGCAUCAGCAGAGUUAUUGUAACAUAACAACGUCUUAUCCUCUCGAGCUCUCAUGCUCAGAUAAUUUGCAGGCAUGUACUAAUAAAUACUGGUGCAACGGAUCACAACACUCACGGAUCGGAUCGUUCCUCGGAUCAAGAGUCACGGAUCGGAUCAUUUUUCGGAUCAGCAAAAAGCAGUUUUGUCUGUAUAUUAAACACUUAAAUGGUUGAAUUAAAAUAUAUAAAAGUAGUGCAUACGGCAUAAUAUCUUCUUUUCAACAUAAUUAUUAAUGAAAAACAACUUAAAGUGCAAUAUAUAGGCAUAUCUCCUUCCUUUAAAAUGUAACAAUGAACCAAAAAUGAAGUAUGUGCGCGGUGGGAUAUUGUAACAUGGCUCAAGCACUUUCAGCAUGUUUUUAAAGCCCUCGUUUGCACAACUGAAUAUGGCCUCAUGUCUGUAGCUAUAAACACACCGAUAGCGUUUGUGAUAGCUUUAACCCGGUCGGAUUGCGCAGGAAGAGGCUGCUUAAAUGCUGCGGUGAUGAGCGGUUGCUGGCCAGCUUUCGUUUUAUCUCAGGUGUUAUGACAUAGAAUGCACCCCUGCCGUAGAAUGCACCCCCUGACGGGAGCGCGGUUUAAAGUACAUAACGAGGCGAAAUAAUCCAAGUUUUUCUUACAUUGGAUGGAUUCAAAAGCGUUUGCCUGUAAUAAUUUCAUUCAGGCUAUUCAAAGAAGCCAAAAACAACAGCCCUUGGAAUAUUGCUGUCCCGAAAAUAUAAUGCUCUCUACCUGGACAGCUUUCUGUACAGUUUAUACCCAAGUACACCUCUAUAUUUGCAUUUUUGAGACACAUAAAAAGAAAAUGAAAGUUUGCUGCUCCAUUUGACAUGUUGUCAUGAUCUAAUACUCGUGUUUCUUUAAAUAUGAGAUCAUUAUCUCCACUUUAAGAAGCUAACGAGUGGAGGGGAUGCAGGGGUGCGUUUUACGGCAGGGGUGCAGUCUACGGCACAACACCUGUCAUUAAAACACCCAGGUGAUGUUGCUUUCAAAUGCGUGAACAUGCUCGAUGUGUUUCCACUGUCAUAUGGCUUUCUUAUGCCACAGUGCCUACACACCUUUGCAGUUUUGUCCACUGACCUCUUUCCUUCCUCAUCAUAGUUGACAGGGAAGCCAAAUUUUUUUUUUCAGAAAUUGAACUGCGGGUAAUGUGUGUGCCGAACCGAUGACGUCGAUCCGAACGGAUCACGGAUCAAUGAUGAUCCGUUGCACCACUACUAAUAAACAAGUGCACUGAUAGCAUCCAGGUUGUAUUUUAUUUUAUUGAUAUAGAACUGGAUACCCAAGCUUACAUCAGAAUACACUAAUGUCUAUAUCUUUUCUACGGAGCCCGGGAGGUGACAUAAAUUUUUUUUUUUUUUUUUUUAUUGGCAUGUGUGAUUUAGUAUUUCGUAAGUGUGUUUUAUUAUAUUGCAGAUUUGAUUUAACUGUUCGUUAAUAAGCAAAAUCACUUCCUACAAGUCCGAAUAUCGCCAACCGCAAAGUCGCUGUGCUUUAAGGAUCCUGAUGAGGUGUCCUCUACUCAAAACAAUACCAAACGUGGCUAAGCUAUAAAGUAUCUCUUUGUUAGUCAUACCAAAAUAAAAGAAAAUGUUGAUUAUAUGCUCUCUGUGUAUGACUCUGUCCUUCCUCUCUCACAAAUGAGGCGCACGGAGGAUUAUUUACAAAAACGCAUGCGAAGAUACAAAUAGAACGUACGUACCAGAUACGUAUAAAAUCCAAGUUGGAGAUACUAAAUCGCAUGUGUUAGACACUUAAUUGCACGUGCGAAUAAAAAAAAAAAAGUUCAUGUCACUUUUCCAGGUUCUGUACUUUCCCCCCUAAAAUAUGUUCAAUUUAAAAGUGAUGACUCAGCACAAGUUACAUCGUAGAAAUACACACCAAAGCCAUGUGAUGUCAGUUUAUGACAGCUCAGGUCAUGAGAUAAGGUCGCUCCUACUAUUAGGUGCAGGCAAACUAAGCAGACACUCAUGUAAACCCUUAUGGAUUUAUCUUUAUGGAUAAUACUUAAAUGUUUUCCUGACUGGCUGUUAUAUUCAGGCUCUCAUUGGCCAUUAAAUGACAUAGUUUUCUUAUUUAAGGCAAUUUAGACCUUGAAAUUUCCAUUCACUGCUGUCAUUUUAUAUAGACUGCUUUCACCCAAGAGUUAAAAGCUACAUACCCAGAUGAUUGCUCAAGUCCAGUUUGAGUUUUGAGUCCUCACUGAGAAUUUUCACCCAGUUCUGUUUUUUUUUUUUCCUCAUCCGAUGGAGUUUAUAUCAUCUUGUAAAAAACUGUUUUAGUUUUCAGGCCUAAAAAUAUACUGAAGGGUUUUGUUUCAGUCACACAGGUGGCUGUUAAUGUAUAAACCUGUCAUACUCCACCUGUCAAACAGCAAACAGGAUCUAUGUACAAAUGUAGUGGUACAGUCAGCUGUUAGCAUCAGAUAUUUCCCUCAGGACUCAGCAAACAGAGCUGACAAGGAAUAAAUAUUAGAGUUUCAUUCAGAGAGUCAAAAGUAGGACUCCAAACUGUUAUGUUAUAUUUUGUUUAACUUUGUUUUUGAAGACUCACAAGACCUUAAAACCAGUACAUCCAGUUUAAGAGGAGUCUGUGCUGGGUUUAAAGAAAAUGUAAGUCUAUAUCACUACUAGAGCUAAAGCAGUCUUCUAGGCCAAGAAUUGGACUAUCUAUCUAUCUAUUUUAUGCAGAUUUUUAGUUGUUUAAGAGUCCUCUCUGCCAUCACUGGUGGACUGCUGGUCUCUGGAGCACACUAAACUUCUUAUGCACUGAUGUAUGCUUUCGUCUGGAUCUUAUUCUGGAGUUCUUUCUGUGCAAAUAUCACACUCAUUAUUUCUUAGGUGAAAAGAAUCAAAGACUGUCAGGGUGACAAGCAGCUCUCCCUCCUCAGAGUUGUUUCCUCAGAGAUGCUGCUUGGCUUGGCUUGGGAGCUGAAACCGAUUUAUAACACGGCAUGGCUGCCUCGUGCUGCCGAGCUUUUGCAUCGUGACUCUGCUUACAAACAGUUCAGAAGAGGAAGAGGAAGAAGUAAAGUUAAUCCCAGUGCAGAAAUUUGCAUUACAAUAGGAUUUAUGAAAGUAGGAAUAAACGGCUCAUUUAUAUUGAAAUGUGAAAUGUGUCUGCUUUAGAGUUAUGAUGCUUUCGUUGUUGUGUCGACAGUAAUGUUUUUUGAGCUUUCUGAAAAAUGUUGCUGCCACAGUGAAACUACUUUGUCUAUACUGACACUUUUUCCCCCCAUAUGUCAUUCUGUCAGUGGAAAACACUAUAAUUCUGUCAUUGUUCAUCAGUGUUGUGUACAGUUGUUAGCAUUUACCUGAUUGCCCUGGAGACAGAGGCCCAUACACAGCAAGUUAAACUAGUGUCAUUUUAAACAUGCAAAUACUCUCAAACUUGUAUUCUGUGUAAAUAGUUUAUAUAAAGAGUAAAUGAUCAUUGUGAGCGAUGUCAAACAAACUCAUCUUAACACCACCUUCAAGAAGGUACUAAAAGGGAUAUUCCAGUGUAAAAUUAAUUCAGGAUCAAACAUACCGUAACGCCGAGUUAGACACCCCCUCAAGAGAUGACUCUAGUUAGACUAACUUUAGUAACGACCGCAGGAUAGCAAUACACAGUGGUCUGAGGAGCCAUAAACAAACUUCAACCAAAACGCCACUCUAUAGCCACAAAUAAUGCUCAGAACAGCACCUAACUUCAUCAACAGAACAUAUAGGGUCCCAGCCAUAGUACUAGCCACCAAACAUCUUUUUUAACUUUGCCUAAUUUCUUUAGCAAAGAGACUAAACACAACUCACCCACUCUCUUCCAGCAGCUACUUUUUUUGUAGUGAGACCUCAGGCCAGUCCAUUACGGACUGCUGCAGGGUGACGCAGCUCAAGGACGAACAUUUAUGAUCAUUUCUUCAUGGAAAUUCAAUCAGACCGAGACACUAAGGCUACUGAACUGCUGAGAACUACUGCGUCUGCAGUGCAAAAUGAUCAAUAUGGUGAUUAUUACUUCAAGGAAAUGAUAAAGAAAUGAUCAUAAAUGUUCUUCCUUGAGCUGUGUAAUGGAUUGGCCCUAGGUCACCACUCUGGAAGAGAGUAGGUGAGUUGUGUUUAGUCUCUUUGCUAGAGAAAUCAGGCAAAGUUAAAAAGAUGUUUGGUGGCUAAUGCUGUGACUGUGACCCUAUAUGUACUGUUGAUGAAGUUAGGUGCUGUUCUGAGCAUUAUUUGUAGCUAUAGAGUGGCUUUUUGGUUGAGUUUGUGUGUGGCUCCUCAGACAGCAUUGUGUAUUGCUAUUGUGCGGUCGUUACUAAAGUUGGUAAAACUAGAGAAGCAAGCAGUCAGCAACAUUCAUCUCUUGACGGGGUGUCUAACUCUGUGUUAUGGUGUGUUUGACCCUAAAUUAAUUUUAUGCCGGAAUAACUCUGUAAAGCUGCUGUGAGCAACUUUAAUUCGUGUUGAUUCUGGUGCCCCCUGUGGACAAAGUGUUUCUUAUGUCUUGUCCUGUAUUUAUGAAAACUGUAUUUUCAGACAAAAAAUCUCACCCUGUAUGCAGGUUUGUUAUGAUCCAUAAACAACUUCUCUGAGCUCUGUUAGCCCAAACUCUCCCUCCUCUCUCUCCCUCUUUUACUAUGUUGUUCCUGAAGCUUGAGCUGACUGAGCCCCACACUCAACCCUUCCUACUGCUUGAUUUCCCUGCACUAAUGUGUUUUUCCUUCAUGUACUCUGUCUCCUCUCUCCUCCCCAGAGGCAGGCCAAGUACUCAGAGAAUAAGCUGAAAUGCACAAAAGCACGGAACGACUAUUUAUUGAACCUGGCGGCAACAAAUGCAGUCGUGGCAAAAUAUUACAUCCAUGACGUCUCUGAUAUGAUUGAUGUAAGUAUGCGUAUCAGGCACAUGUGUGUUUGUUUACAUCUCUCAGCUGGGAUUUCUGGUGUUGGUUUAACUCUGCAGCACUGUCGCUUUUCUCACCAUCUGUUCCUGUGCUGCGUUGACUCUCAGCCUGUUAGCUGUUUGUUUUCUAGCUGCUCUGUUGGCCCUGAAAAAUGUAUUUACUAUCAUUUUUUCAUUAUUCAUCGCUGCAUAACAAACCCAACACUGAUGAAUGUCGUUGAAAGGAGAACUGGUUAAAUGAUCUGUAGUAUCCCAGAGCUACAGGAGGAUAUUCUUGACUGAUGGUUUCAAGGGACUCCAUCAGUGUUGUUGACAGAAUGAUUUGUGCUUGCUCUCUGCUUUCUUUGCUCUCUUACUCCUCCUCGGUCUUGUCCUAGUUCGCUGUUUUGUUGAUGCUGUUUUUGUGAACUUUGCUGAGACAAACACAGCAUGUCCUUGUCAUGGUUUCGCCUCCAACUGUCAUCUAGCAGAUAAACAUGACCAAAGACAAACUCAUUCUUUCUAAAAGCAGCUAAAAUUAAGUGAAUAGUGUUCCCUUUUAUUUACCUGCUAUAAUCAUGAUUUUAAAUGCCCACUUAACCCACAUUUAACACCUGAAUAUAAAGUGGUUUGAGUUUUCAACCACUGGCACUGCUGGGAAGUCUGAUAUCUGACGUGUGUUGAAAAGGAGGACUUUGUUUAGCGAACCACUAAUGAUUGGAUCUCACUCAAAGUCAGCUGGUGAGCAGUGGCUCUGUUUAUGCAGGCAUGAAUGUGGUUCAUGUGGUUGGCAGAGGGGUCUCAGCUCUGUGUGACCCGCUACCAGUCACAUAAACAGACACAUUGGGUUAAAUCUUCGUCAAAGUGAUGAGUUAGUGAUAUGUUUUUUUGCCCUCUAUAUCCAACAUUUUACUGUCUGAUUUGUUCUUAUAUUUCACUUUGAUGCAGUAUACACUCUGAACUGGUUUAUUAAUUUUAGAUCCUCAGUCAAUGGAUUUGAAUUUCACAACCAGUGUAGUGUGGUUAUAGUAGUUAGUGUUAAAGGGAUGGUUCCUUUCUUUCAUGCAGGGUUGUAAGAGUAUUACCCACAAGAGAUCCUGUUUGCUCAGCAACCUUUAUCGACAAAACUGCCACACAGAGAACCCACACAGAAGCCAGGCUUUGAAAAUGGAGCCAUAUUUACAAAGUAAUCUGGCAUAUUUUAACAAAAUUUGAACCAAAAUGUAAUGCAGGUGCGAGUUUAUUACAAAUAAAAGAAACUAUGUGGGCUUUACUCUGCUGUCAGAAAGCCACUCUGUAACUGUUGUUACCAAGUCCCAUUCAUGGGGUAAUCUGUUGGUCAUCCAUAUCCCCUGUGGGUAAAACAUAUCUGAUAUUAGGUACCUCAUACAAACCCACUUAAAUAAAUAUAUCUGAAUACCUUUAUUGGUUGUAGUAGCUAAUUAUGUGCCUUUCCAAAAUUGUAUUUUGUGUGCUUUUAUUUCUGAGCUUUUGAAAUGUAGCUUAAUGUAUUCACUUUUUUGUUCUGAGUAAAGACUGAGGUUUAAUUUCUCUCAUAAAUUCAUGUUUUAUUGCUCAGUGACUGAGUUUACAUACCAUCUGGUUUGGUGGCUGAAUAUGCUUAAAAAUAUAUUCAACUAAAACAAUCACUUUAAAAUGAGAUUUCUGUCUCUGGAGCUAGUACACCAGCUCUGCUCUGCUGCUUCUCUCCAUACUGACGGUCUAGUUGUCACAUUUUUGCUCAGGGCCAAACCACCACACAACCUAUGAUUAGUCUCAAUGAGAGAUGCACAUUCCCUUGUCAGACAUGAUAAGGUUUGAUCCGAUGAGAUUCCUGUAAUAUCAUUUUUGGUUUAUGAUUUAAAAAAUGCAGUUAAAUCUGCAUGAAUUGUAAAUCUCUUACUAUAUGUUAAGUGACACUGAUAUGUUGAUGGUAGCUGUACAUAAUGAAAACCACUUUCACUGUCAUGACUCUUCGCACCCCUUUGCUGGACAGCUUUGAAGGAUCCAGUGUUUUCAGUCUGAAAGGUCCCUGUCAGAUCAGAUCCUGCUGAGCCGUGGAGACUGGGGUUGUGAGCAUGAUCGGUUUGGCCACCACAAGGAGGCAAGGGGAGGGAAAAGGGUCUGUUUGUCAUGUCAGAGUCACUGCACAGCACACAUUAUACUAGACCUUCAAGCACAGACAAGUCAGCUCUGUUGGUCAGUGAAUAGCAACUGUUGGGAAUGUUAUUAAAUCUACAGUGUUGGGUUUAUUCCUCCACUUCACUGGACUAAAACGGAUAAAGAAAGUGAUGAAUGUGAAAAGCUUUUACAUAAAAGAGAAAAGACUUCGUGAUGUGUAAACCAGAGAGAAGUGAGUUAAAACAUACAGCAAUAAAAUUAAAAUUAAAAAUGUAUAUUUCUGUUGAAAUUAGUUUUUUUUACGAUGGAGUAUUAGGGCCACAUAAAAAAAAAGAAAAUGAAGAUUUCGAGAUUAAAGUUGUUAACUUACAGAAUAAAGUCAUUACUAACGAGAAUAAGGUCGUGACAAAAUCAUCACUUACGAGAAUAAAGUCCCUAUAUUCUAAGCUGUUGUUUAAGAUGACAGAUGUUGAAAUGAGAGCCAUGGAGCAUUUCGUGAAAAUAUACUUCAAUAUGGGUUUCUCAAACAAGGAGACACUUACUCUUCUGGCACAUCAGCACCACAUUAUCAUAAGUACCAUAAUGAUUUUAUUACAACUUCAUUCUCGUAAGUAAUAAUUUUAUUAUGACUUUAUUCUCGUAAGUAAUUACUUUAUUCUCAUAAAUUAAUAAAUUAACAACUUAAAUCUCGAAGUCUUUAUAUUUUUUUCUUGAUGUGGCCCUAAUACUCUGUCGUAGUUUUUAGACUUGAGUAUUAUUUUAUGGUGUAAAUCCAAAUAAAGCAAUAGAUGAAGCUCUUUUAGUGACGUAUAAAAACAUGGGAACCUUGACAAAAAUGACCCUUUUGGCAUAUAUUUACACAAAAGCCUCUUUCACAUGUUGAGAAUUUUUCAGAAGCUUCACCCCCAAAAGAUUUAAAAAGUUGUUUGCUCACGUGUUUCUCUCACAGAAAAAGUCAUCACUAUUGCUUAAAGAUGGUUGUUGUGGUGUGUGGAGUUCCACUUGAUGUUUCACAAAACGACCAAUCAAUAUAAUAAUGUAUAGUAGUCAUGUGUUGUGUGGUCUGUGUCAUCUUGAUAAGGAUUGGCCUUUUUUCCACCUUUGAUGAUUUUCGUCAUCUGCUAUGUUCCUCUACUGUGUUUGCACUUGUCUCAUGGUAUAAACGUCAUCACCCCUCCCUGCUUGCUCACAGUCAAGUCCAUAAAGAGUUCCUGCUGCUUUCUUACAGUGAAAUUUUUUUAUUAGGGCUGCUAGGAAAAAUUUUACACAAAUAACAGCAAAAAUCUCUCUGUUUGCAUUCACACAUCCCAACCAAAGAAGUUCUGUAAGGUUUGAGGACUUUUGUAAACGCACACCUACAGAUUACAUUUGAACAUAAAUAAAGCGGUUAGAUUGAAAGUGCAUGUACCUAAUCUUCCUCCUCUAUUUAUCUGCUACUUCCAGCCUCUGCUACAGAAAUUGGUGUUUCCUCACUUAGUUGGCUCAUUUAAAAUCAAGCUUCUUUUCUCCUUUAAGACUUCAGUCUACUGUGCCACUUUGACGGAGUGAUGCAAUAAAGCCUGUGCACCAAAGUGGAGAGGCCGCUCCCUCAGUGGUAAAGACCACUCAGGAGUGUUUACUUAGUGAUUCACAGAGCUGUCAGAUGCCUCCAGCUCCAUUUAAAACCUCCUCACUAUCAUCCACUGCUUAAUUAGGUUACUUCAUGGCGCUCCAUGUGAUAAGGCUCUGUAAUUAUCUCUGCUGUCCUACUGUGCCAGCUCCUGUAAUUCUCUGAACUCUACUGCUAUUUUUGAAAGGUAAUCUGUAGCAGGAUGUAAUUUUGGAUUUAGUCCAUUAAAGGAGUUGAAACAUGGUAAGAAGAGCUAGAACUCAAAAAGAUUACUUUUAAAACUUAGACUGAAGCACUCUUUCACAUCCCCUGAUAAACUUACGUAAGAUUUGCUAGUUCUGCAAGCUUCCAGGGGUGUUACACCCCAUGGUACUGAAUGAUGUAGGAGUAUACUUAAGGGUGUGGUAGGUUUACUAUGAAAUCACUGUUAGGUGUGGUAAUAAGUGUAAAAGAACAUUUUUGACAAAGCCCAUGAAAGAUGCUUGUAAAAUUAUUUAUGUGUUUUUCUAUCUCAAUAGUGCUGUGACCUUGGCUACCAUGCUAGCUUGGCACGCACCCUCAGGACCUACCUAUCUGCAGAGUACAACCUGGAAACAUCACGCCACGAGGGACUGGAUAUCAUCGAGAACGCGGUGGACAACCUUGAUUCCCGCAGUGACAAGCACAAGAUCAUGGAUAUGCAUAACCAGGUGUUCUGUCCUCCCAUGCGCUUUGAGUACCUGCCACAUAUGGGAGACGAGGUGAGCUGCUUUAAAUGCUGAGUUACUUUACAAAGUCACUCCUACAGCUCCAGGUGGAUCCUGUGUUCUGCGUUCUAACCCCUUGUUUUUUCUCCUUAGGUGUGCCAAGUGAGCGCUCAGCAGCCAGUCCAGACUGAACUUCUGAUGCGCUACCACCAACUGCAGUCUCGUUUAGCUACCCUAAAGAUUGAGAAUGAGGAGGUAUGGAUUUAUGACUGGGUCUGUGCCUCCCUACACACACAACCUUCAGCCCCCCCCUCAAAACAGAAAGCUCUGUCUCAUUUUGCCCUGAGCCAAGUAGGAGGGCCACAUCACCAUCUGUUCUUAUUGCAAUUACUCUCAGAUGACCCCUGCUCGGUGGGGGGCAGAAUAUAUUUAGAUUGUCACAAUGCCAGUGUUGUUCUCUGUAUGGAGUUGUAUUUGAAAUUAUCUCUUGGAUGAUAAAGAAAAGACUUUCACAUUGAGAGGCACAGAAAGAGAGGUGCAAAUGGAGGUGAUAAUAACCAGGUCCUUUUAGACUCUCUUGUGCCAAUGGCUCCAUCUAUUGCCUGUCUGCCAAUGUCAUACAGAGUUAGACACCACCUCGAGACAUGAAUGUCACCGACCGCUUGCUUUUCUAGUUAUACCAACUUUAGUAACAACCGCACAAUAGCAAUACAGAGAGCCACGCACUCAACCAAAACGCCACUCUAUAGCCACAAAUAAUGCUCAGAACAGCACCUAACUUCAUCAACAGUACAUAUAGGGUCCCAGCCAAGGUACUAGCCAUCAAACAUCUUUUUAACUGUGUCUGAUUUCUUUAGCAAAGAGACUAAACACAAUUCACCUACUCUCUUCCAGCAGCUGCUUGUUUGUAGGGAGACCUCUGGGCAGGUCCAUUACCGACUGCUGCAGGGGGAUGCAGCUCAAGGAAGAACAUUUAUGAUCAUUUCUUUAUCAUUUCCUUGAAGUAAAAAUUAUCAUAUUAAUCAUUUUGCACUGCAGAUGCAGUAGUUCUUCUGCCUUAGCGUCUCGGUCUGAUUGCAUUUCCAUGAAGAAAUGAUCAUAAAUGUUCUUCCUUGAGCUGCGUCACACCCUGUAGUCCGUAAUGGACUGGCCCAAGAUCUUGCUACAAACAAGCGGCUGCUGAAAGAGAGUUGGUGAGUUGUGUUUAGUUUCUUUGCUUAAGAAAUAAGGCAAAAUAAAAAGAUGUUUGGUGGCUAGUACUAUGGCUGGGACCCUAUAUGUACUGUUGGUGAAGUUAGGUGCUGUUCUGAGCAUUAUUUGUGGCUAUAGAGUGGUGUUAGUUUGGGUGUGGCCCCCUAGACCGCUGGAUAUUGCUAUUGUGUGGUCGUUACUAAAGUUGGUAUAACUAGAGAAACAAGCGGUCGACAACAUUCAUCUCUCGAGGGGGUGUUUAACUCAGUGUUACGGUGUGUUUGACCCUGAAUUAACUUAAUGCCGGAAUAUCCCUUUAAAGGCGGCUUUGUGCAGGGCAUCCUUAGCUUAAUUAUUGUUCAUGGGUUGAUUUGUCUUCAGCAAAUUAGUCCUUCAAAUGCAUCCGUUUGCCUUUGACAUGGUCUGCAGUUACCAUGUUGUGAUCAGUUAGAUCUCUGUCAUCAUUUGUCCCUGUCUCUUUUGUAUCUGCUCAGGUGAGAAAGACCUUGGAUGCCACCAUGCAAACCCUGCAGGACAUGCUGACAGUGGAGGAUUUUGACGUGUCGGAUGCUUUCCAGCACAGCCGCUCCACUGAAUCCAUCAAAUCUGUGGCCUCUGAGUCCUACAUGAGCAAGAUGAAUGUAGCCAAGAGGAGGUCUAACCAACAGGAAACGGAAACAUUCUACUUCACAGUGAGUUUGCGUCAGUUUUGAUCUGUUAACAGCUCACGGUCUGCUGUGAACUUUGCUCUUCUGUCUUCAAAAUUGAGCCAUCAGUCAUCACUUUCACAUGCUCUGAAUAAAUAAAUUAGACUACACUCCAGCAGAUUGAAUUUAUGCUGAUUAGUGCCACACUGAAUUAUUUGACCAGGCUCCUGUUACACUGGAUUAGUGCUGCUGCUCGAUCAUUUGUUGCCUUUAUUUCUCUAUCCAGAAAUUCAAGGAGUUCCUGAACGGCAGUAACCUCAUCAUUAAGCUGCAAGCCAAGCACGACCUACUGAAGCAGACACUGGGUGAAGGUAAGGGGUCGUUUCUCUUCAUCUUUCUCCCGUGUCUGUGGAGUCUUUUACUGGCAUGUGCCUGAUCCAGUGUUUCCCCCUGUCAUUAUUAGCAACAGAAUCCUGCUACAGCUCUGGUAAAAUGCUGCCCUCUGGGUCAUAGUGGUGCAGGUCUUCUCUAAUGAGGUAUGGGGGCAACAAAGACAGAUUCUUUCAAGGAAGCAGGAAGGAAAGAGGAAAUUCAAAUGGGAAUCUAUCACACCAAUAGCAGACCUUGUCUAAUUUGAAGUAUCCAUUUCUUUUUCUGCUUAACCCAUUUAGUCAAAGCCUUAUCCGGUUAGUGUCUAUAUGUUAUAGCCGCAGGGAGGGUUUCCAUUUCCAAGCUGUGAGAGAAAGACUUUCCUUUGCCCCUCCCUCCCCCAGGGGUCCCCUUGUCACCUCAGCCGUGAACAGUUUACGCCCAAUCAAUCAGCAGGACCAGACCCAGGCCCAUUUCUGCAGCUGCUCUUGCAUCAGGGGUGCACCUAAUAGAAAAAGAUAUCAGACAAGGACACCUGAGGCCCUGAAAUAACAUGCAUAUAUCCAGAUAUUUCACCUUUGAGUUGUACUUAAAAAUGUAUUUUGUCCUGUCGCACCUCUUCGACCUGGAGCCAUCCUGAUGAAUCUCCCAAAACACUCAGUCUUUGUUGUUUGUUUAAUCCAGUGGACAAAUGUGUUUAUACGUCUUUAACAGAGCAGCUGAUUGAAUCUAUGCAUAUGGCAUGUGGUGCUUUCAAGUACCACCCAUGUUUAAUUAUUUAGGUGAUCAAUCAGGGUUGUGUCGCCCUCAUUAGCUUGCUGCUCCAUACAGAAAAUGCUGUGAUUCUGUGUGUGUGUGUACGUAGGCACAGCAUAGGGUACCAGAUGAGACUUCUCUGCCACAUGGUGUUAACCUCCCCUGCAUGCAUUAAUAAAAACAUAAUAUCCAGCUUUGGCAGCUGAUAAGACGAUACUUGGGUGUUUGCCAGCCUUUGUUAACCAGAUUAAAAGUCACCAGUGUCUUUUGUUUUCUCACUUAUUGGCUCACAGGAACAUGGAAUUGAAUUUUUAGCACAUGCUUGAGAAAUUCAUUUUCAUUUUGAGGUCGGUUGGCCAGAGGUAGAUGGGACCAUCACUCAGAGGAAUGAUGUCUGUUGUUUCUUCACAUGAAUGCUCCAGAGAGCUCAUCCCAUCUGCCUGUAUGAUGUGUUGAGAUAUUGGUUAGCCUUUGCUCUUGCUGUCCAUUGUUUGUUGGAGUAAAGAAAUCAUGUUGAAAUGCUUUGGAGGCAUUGCUGCAGUCCCUUUUGAUUCAUACACAAGGGAAUGACAGACCAAAACAGUCUUAUACUCAGCUCAUAAAGUAAAAGUUGUGCGGUCUUUAACUUAUCUGAAAAACCUGUCAAUGUCAGUUUUACAUCAGAAUCAGAAAUACUUUAAUAAUCCCCAGGGGGAAAUUGCUUUUGUCACAGUACUCCAGUGCAAACACAGUAAAAGAGGAGAUAAAUAAUAGAUAAAAUAAAAGAUAAAGUAGAUUAAAUAAGUACAAAUAUAGAGAUAAGAUACAAGUAUUUAUACUAUAAACAACACAACAUGACUAAAAAUGUACUGAUUACUGUGGUAUUCAUGAUUUCAUCAGCUUUGGCAUAUUUAAUCAAACACUAUCUCUGAGAUAGAUGUUGCUCAGCCUAUAGUCUUGCACUAUGUGCGUAUGUUGUUGGACAACUAUAACAAAAGGCUCAGUGAGGCAGCACAGACAUUGCUCAGUGUCACCAUUGAUUGACUCCCCCCCACCCAACAUAUACACCCAAUAACCCCACCCCCUUUUCUUUGCUCCUAAAGGAGGUCUAUAACCCCACAGGGUGCUCAGAGUCUGCUCAAUAGCUUUUCCCAGUGAAUGGUGCUAGCACUGCUGCAUUCAUGGCUCUCUCAAUAGUCAUGUUGUAUCUAUCAAUGGUGGAUGCUAGAGUCUGUAUAAUAAGUACCACAAAGAUGUAACACGUCCCUGUUGUGUUUUUGUUUUCACAGGGGAACGGGCUGAGUGUGGAACUACAAGGUAUGAAGUCCUCUGAGACUCCUGUUUUAUUAGCCUUGUUGAUAACUUUAAAGAGAAUAAUCUUUGUUUUGAAGAAGUAAUUAAAUGUUUUUGGUUUUUUUUCCCCAAGUCCCUGAUUUAGAUUCGCAUUAUUCCAACUGAGUUCAAAUCAGAGGGGCCGGCUUUAAUGAUAAAAAGGUCUUUGAUAAGACAUCCUACUUUGUUUUUGUUCAUUAUGUUUGAAACUGUUUUACCUUUUUCUAAAAUCAAAGAACAUUUUGGAUUUAACCCAAAUCUACAAUCACACAGCUUUGGCAAGCACUAAAGAUAGUUUUACAUUUAUUUUGAUCUCUAUAACAGAAGAAGUCAAUGUAAAGGCUGGCUGCUGCCCACUUAUACCACAGUAAUUCGAGGCAACUAGAUAUGUGAAAAAUCACAACUUACAUUAGCUUCCAAAGCGAAUCUAUUUGGUGACAUUUAUGGCCCAUCAUACGACAUUUCCACUAAGCAGUCUUGUAUGGACUGAUAUCUUUUAGGAUGCAAUAGUUUGCCUUUCCAUGGUCAGGAGUUUAAAUAACAGGUAUGUACCAUCUUUUUCUCUUGGCACCUCUCUGUUGGCAUACCAAGAGUACUCAUCAGGCCCUGAUAGUUGAAGUAAAACACACUGUAAUCUGCUGAUCGAAGGAGAGGAAGGGAAAGAGAUGGUACUUUAUUAUAUCUCCCUCAACCUGAUGUUAUUUGACUAGUGACACUUAGUACCUCUGUGAAUUUUGACUCAGGUUUAUACACAUUUUUAUUCAUAUUAAAGAUUGCUCUUGAGUGUUAGGGUUGGUCUUAUUAGGAAACAAUCUUGUUAAAAUUGGGUGCUUUGUUUACUCACAGACACCAGCUUAGCAGUGAAAGCGGUGCAGAGAUAACUGCAGACGAAAAGAUCACAGUAUAAGAAGUGUUUUCUGUCAUCUGGUAUUAUUUAAUAACAGACACAGUCACCUGCAGCCAGUAAGAUUCAUGAUGACCAGUUUUACCACAUAUGCCGUGUGGAGAAAAUUUGUGAGCUGUCUAUUCUCUUGAUUUUUGGCACAUUUAGACACACCACUCAUGCCGACAGUCUGAACAGUCCAAUCUGUUAACGCGCAUGCCAAAUUGAAUAUCAAGCCAUUCUGGAGCCAUCACACAGCCAACAUGCUUCCUGUUUGUAGAGCCCAAAGAUACAGUUGGCUGUGGAAAUGCAAGAUCAGGAUUUACCGUACCUGACUGUUUAGUGUGAAAGUACCAUUUGGGUCCCAUAAAGGGGCUGAGGGCCACACUGCAGAAUCCCUGUCUUAAAAUAUUCAACAUUUUACUCUGAAAGACUACAUUAUUAUGACUCUAUUACAUUUUCUAAACAUGUGCUUAUUUUGAAUUUUGUGUUUUUGUCCACCCCUCAGGCCCCCUACCCUUCCCCCUAAACCACAGAAAAUGCGGAAGCCUAGGCCACGCUCGUUGUAUAACCAUAAGCUGUUUAAUGGCAAUAUGGAGACCUUCAUCAAGGUACCCUGUGGUAGUGGGGGUUUCAAACCAAGAGACGAAGGCAGCCUGAGCCUUCACUCUCAUCCUCUUCCUCACUUUGGCCUUCUGUCUCUCCCUCUUCCAGCUGCCCGUCACGAUGAUAUAACGCCUCUGUUUAACCUCUAAUCCUCCUCCCCCUCCUCCUGCCAGUGGCUCUGCAGACAGAGCAGCAAUCAGCUGUUCUUUCAUUCAUUUCCAGAACAAUUUACCGUCUUAAGCUCUAUUUUUGAAUCUGGUCACUCUUUAGAUGCCUGAGAGGCAGCAGACAGCACUGAUUCUGUUUUGUCCCUCAUUCCUCCUGACACUUUACUGCAUCUCUGUAGCCUUUCUGUCACCAGUCCCUGUGCUGCUCAGCCUUCUUAAACCUCCAGAGGGGUAACUCAUCACCUAAGCUUUUCUAACUCUUGGCUUCUCUGCUUUCUCUUCCUCUGCUGCUUUGUGCUUUGCUGCUCUCUUGUCCCAGAGGAAGAAGGAAUGCCCGAACCCGCAUUCAGGUACCUCUGUGUGCUGGAGAGUAGAGGCACUAAAACUUGUACCAGCUUCUGCCUGAGCUAAACUUUUAUGCUGCCAGUUUCCACAUUUUUUAAUAUAAUGUUGUGCAUCUCAAAUUUCUAGUGAUAUAUGUUGUAAAAUAUUUAUAAGACAUGAGUGUUAAUAUCAUCCAUAUCUGUUUUAAUGAACCAUACCUGUGUGUUUGUUACUAUGUAAAAUGGAAGGCUAAGAUAUAAUACAGACAUAUUAUAAUGCUACAGAAUAGACUUUAUAUCAGAUGCUGUGUUUUACUUAUAGAAGUGUAUUGCUACUUUGCCAGAAUAAGAAAAUGAAUGUUAUAUAGGUGUAAUGUUAUAAGAGAAAAAGCUAAUCAUAGCUAAAUAUUUUCAUGUUUAAUAAUAAUUUUGCAUUAUCACAACAUGUAAAAAAAGGUAUAAUGUUUAAACAAGAAACUAUCAUAACAAUACUUCAUAUAUCUUUUAUAUCUAUGCUUGUGAGCCCUUAAUCAGCUGCAGUGUUGUUGUUUUUUGGGAAAAUAGUACGCGUGACGUUAGGGCUGGGCGAUAUGGGAAAAAGUUUAUCAGAAUAUUUUUUUUUUCACAUGAGUCGAUAUCAAUAUAUAUCACAAUAUAAAAAAGGAAAUUUAACAGUGCUUAUUGGUAGCAUGUCUUUUGCAAUACAAUACACUACUGCAUCUGUGAGGUCUUUGUGGCACUGCUGCAGGUAUUAAAAAUGAUUUGACUUAUUACCUCGACUUUACAAGAACAUGUACUCAACAUAAUUUGCAGUACACAUCACUCUGCUUCAUGUCCGACCUCAAAAACCAAAAUAUCUCCACACCACCAAUGUUUUGUGCCAGUGUUGUCGAUGAUGUCAUCAUCUGUUGAGCCUUCAUCUGUAUUUCUGCCGGGGGGAGCACUCAUUUUAUUUUCCCCCCCUUGGCAGUGCUGUCGGCUUCACGUGUUAAAGUGCUAUAGUUGCAUGUAGCUGCAGCCUGCUACUACGCAGUUGUUUGCUACUUGGUUCUAACUCAGCACAUGAUUGGCUCAGCGCGAAGCGGACCCGGAGCAACUCCCCUUUUCAUUGGCUAUUCGUAUAGUCUACCAAAACACCGCAGAAUGCCGACUGUCCAAAAGCAUAUUGACCAUGUUUUAAAUAGAUAUUGAGGGAAAUUAAUUUUCGAUAUGUAUAAUUAUCGUGUUUUCGCCCGGCCCUAUGUGACGUAAGUAAAGUGAUUCACUUGUAGCUUUUGCUUUCACUGGGAGGUAUUAACACACUUACUGAAUCUUUUCGAAGUGUAUUACUGUCUGCAAUUAUUUGUCUUGCCUUGUCUGUGUCUAAUAGUAUUUUACAUCAUGCCUUUGCAGGAUUCAGGCCAACCAAUCCCACUUGUUGUUGAAAGCUGUAUCAGAUACAUCAAUCUGUACGGUAAGACUUGUUGCUGUGACUGUAACUGCGUAGAGCAAGGGCAGACAAAGAGAAAAUGAUAGAAUCCUCUGAAAACUCCUUCAGUCUCAUGAAACGUGACAGCUGCUAUUGUGUGAGGCAAUUUAUUUCCACAAAUAGCAGCAGGUAGAGACUCUAACCUGCUCUGCUCUCCACCUCUGAGGCGCUCAGCUUUUCUCUGCUCUGCCUGCCACUGAUUUGACAGGCUCAUAACAAUAGAUCACACAUGGAGAGUUCUGAAAGUCUAUGUUCAGUCAGUCCGGCCGCCCUCCUGCUAUAACUCCUCCCUGUCUACCUUCACAUCUGUCUCUAGCUCGUUGCUGUAGCCUGCAGGCCUUUUCUUUGGGAUCUGGACCUAAUGAAACUCCAGAAAACUGAUUAGGAGCCCUUUAACUAAAACCAUAUGCUGCAGCCUCACUGAAGGCUCUCUCACGGAAAAAAAACGUCUCCUUUUAUGACUAGAUUACAUUUCCUGCCCUGUGUUAUUUGUUUCCAGUGAGCUCCAAGUCAGCCUGCGUUGACAUUCGGAGAUAAUGGCAGCUAGUGCAUCUCCUCAUAUCAAAAUUCUGUUUUGGUUUCUUUCAGGCCUGCAGCAGCAGGGCAUAUUUCGUGUGCCAGGAUCACAAGUGGAAGUCAAUGAUAUUAAAAAUUCAUUUGAAAGAGGUAAGUCAAAGAUAGAUGGCUUUAAAUCUUCCCAAAUAAAAAAAGAUUGUGUAAACUUCAUCUCGUGAUUGUCUCUAUUCAGGUGAAGAUCCCUUGAUUGACGACCAAAACGAGCAUGAUAUCAACUCAGUAGCUGGGGUGCUCAAGCUGUACUUCAGAGGACUGGAGAACCCUCUCUUCCCAAAAGAGCGCUUCCUGGACUUUAUCUCCACUAUCAGUAAGUCACGCAACAGCGUUUGUGAGUAGACUGGCCAAUUAGAAAAGAGAAAACACACCUUACAAUCUAGUGGAAAAGCAGCCUUCCUCAUGAAGAGAAAGACAUGCAGGGCAGCACCUGGAAGCAAUCUGCAGGGGAGCCGAUACUUAACGGAAAGCCUGUAGGAAGAGAAGAGUAUGGGCCACAUCAGUGUGCCGUGUGUGAAGUCACCACAGAAUAGUUUCUUGCUUUUUCUGCUGUAUUAGUUUGAUUUCUCGGCGCGCCCCAGGGCUUGGGUGAAAAGCAAACAGGGGGCAUUUAUCAAAGUGUCAGAUAACAGCUUUCAGAAUCUUACCUGCAUUUGGCUCUCACACACAGUGAUCAAUUUUCUUUGCUGGGCUCUGGUUUGUAUCCUAUUUUAGUGCAGACCUAAUGCCCAUGAAGAAGGCUUUAAAAUGUUUUACACUUUGUCUCUUGUUUGUGAAAGAGUGAAUGGCUGUUUUAACACCGCUCUGUCUUUGUGUUCCAGAGCUAGAGUCUGAAGCUGAGAGGGCACAUCACAUCCAGCAGAUUGUUGUGACUCUUCCACGCACCAUUAUCAUCGUCAUGAGAUACCUUUUUGCUUUUCUCAAUCAGUGAGUUUGCCGUGAUUCACAGUACACUGUAAGCCAUAGCUUUUUUGUUAAUACAGAGGAGCAUCCAGACAUCAGUCAUUUGUGGUGAUCAGACCUUAAGCUUAACUUUUAUUUGAAUACAGGUCCAUGUGGAGAAAUCUAAGCUGUCAUGUAAAUCUAAGCUAUCAGGUAUAAUAGAAACAUCCAGGCUAGAAAAAAUCUGCCUUCUCUUCAUUGCUGCAUCUGUCCGUGGUGUUUGGGAAGUUAUUUAUGGCCACGGAAACUCAUACUUCACUGAAGUAGUAUACCUGUCCUCUUCUAAUGGAUGUUAUUAAUGCUCCUUCUCCUGGGUUUGCCUCAAGAAUUUAGAUCUUGAUUUCAUACUCAGUUUUUUCUCCCCUUCUUUUCGACCCCCUUUAAUGCUGGAGCUGUUCCACUCGUGGCUUUGAUGCCUGGCUUUAGCCUGCUGAUAAUGUGCAGGCAAUGAUUAUCACUUCCUCUUGCAGCUAUGAAUGAUUUGAUGUCUAAGAAGAGGUUCUGGUGUGCGCCGCUGAGUUGAAUUGUUGAAGGGGUUGACUGAUCGGAGUGCUUUUUAAGCAAAUGUCUAACUAAGCUGUGCAAUGAAGCAUGUAAUAGAGCCUGUCAAAACUGAAGUCAAGUGAGGUAACACUCUCAAAAGAGAGUGUUUCUGCUCCAGCUCCUUUUCAAGCUUGAAAGAAUUGAUAUUUAAGAACCUUAAAGCAGCUAUAAUUGGUAAUAUUAUACCAACAAUGGACAAUAUAACCACUUUGUUUGAGAAUAGUACUGGAAAUAGUUGUUAACGCACAGAGAUAUUACCUGACUGUAGAUGCAUUUAGCUCUGGAAAUAUUAAAACACUUUCCAAGACAAUAUUUUGGUAACUUGAAUGCAAGUUUUACUCAAAAUUCUCAACAAAACAACAGAAAAUUGACCCGAUAUAAUCAAUAACACCUAUGAUCAAUAGGGAAGCAACAAACUGCUACUACUUAGACGUCUACUACAGUAUUUUCCCGUAAAAUAAACAGACAAAAAUUAACUACACAACAACUUUACUAUUAUGUGUGUGUAAUCAGACUUUUGUUUAAAUCAGCUAAUGUUGUUGUGUCCUACCCCUCAGUCUCUCCCAGUACAGUGAUGAGAAUAUGAUGGACUCCUACAACCUCGCAAUCUGCUUCGGUCCAACCCUGAUGCCCAUCCCAGAUGGACAGGACCCUGUCGCGUGCCAAGCUCACGUCAAUGAGGUCAUCAAGACCAUCAUCAUUCACAACGAGGUCAUCUUUCCCAGCCAGCGCGAGCUGGAUGGCCCAGUUUAUGAAAAGUGCAUGACCGGAGGGGAGGAGUACUGGUUAGUACUGGUUGAACCAGACAGUAAUUCUGUCAGCUCAGUAAAAUUGCAGUAUAAGGAAGGGGAAGUGUGUUUGUUGGUGUUCCUCAAACAAAUGUCAAUAACCUUCCAAUAUCCACACGUCAGUAACUUUUUUCCUCCCACAGUGACAGCCCACACAGUGAACCAGGAACUAUAGAUGAGGCUGAUAAUGGAACUGAACCACACACUAGUGAUGAAGGUGAGCAUACUGUAUGGGACAAUUUAAGCUUUGUUAUUACCCAGAUCAGUUUUAGUUUGGCAUAAACUGUAUGUAGAAUGGACGCUGUCUGCCUCCUCGCUGGGCGCAGCCACCCCAAGAACAGCACCCUCUGUUGAUGGGCUGCAGUAUAGGUCAUAAAUCCUGCCUCCCCCAGCAAUCCCUAUGGAGCUGUGGACAAACUUUAGAAAUUAAUUACACAGAAUAUGAAUUUUUCUCCCCCUAGUUGCGAUGUGAAACAUAGUUACAGUAAGACUAGUUCGUGCUCAAGUCCUCUUUUUUUCUGUGCAGCUCCAUUUUUAAAAGUUAUUUGGGGGUUCGUGUUUUCUAUGAUUGACACCUGAUACAGCCUAUGGGCGUACAAGGAUUGUGUGGCUCACCCGGGGGAUACGCUGUUUAAGCCAAGCGUCAUCACAGUGACUCUCAGCGACUCUCCUGCUGAAUUCACACAACGCUACUGCGCAAUGUUGGUUUCAGGAAGUGGAGAAAAAUCAUGGAAUUACUGAGAGCCUUUUGGCUUCAAAUCUGUACACUGGUGGAAGGCAGAACCAAGUUGUCCAUAGUAUAUUCAGUCUGUGUAGUUUGGUAACAGUUCAAAGACGAGGUUUGAAAUCAAAGCCAGCACUGUAAAAAGAACAGACAGUUGUCUACAUAAAUACUUUAAGACAUACGGAAAAGAACAUUUUCUUUUAUCAGGUAUCAGAGACAUCAGGGAGUGUGAUCUCAUUGUUGUCCAUGCAAACCCAUGCAUGGACGACAUGAACUAUUUUUACCAUAAUCAUGCAACCCUACUGUUUACCAUUGUCUAUAUUUGUAGAUGUAUUUUUUCUGGUCUAGUACUGCUGUAGUAUCAAAGAGAGGUGUUGAGCAAUAUUGUGUUUGUUGUUACUGUUACUCACCUUGUGAGUAUUGUAGUUUUUGGAAGGCAUUGUGGAUAUCAAAAGUGUACAUACAUACAAAGCAACCUUUUUUCAUUAAGCGCUUUGACCGAGAGGUGAGUGAGAUUUGUGAUGCUGUUGCUCAUGACUGCAAAAGGCUUAUGUGAUGUUUGAGGCUGAAGGCAAGUUGAGUAAACAGUGUUGGCAUGCAGCAGUGCCUCUUUGAUCCUGCAGUCUGUAGUGUGUAUUUUUGUGUAUUUGUAUUUAUAUGUGUGUGUUUGUGUGAGUCUCUCUCUCUCUCUCCCUCCUCCCUUGCUUGCUCUUUGUUCAGUGUUAGUCAGCAGUUCUCCUGGGACUUUCUCCUUUGUGCCGUAUUUCCCCAAUUCUCUUCUGAGCUUUGAAUACACAAGUGGGUCAUGCUCCAAAGCUAAAACACAGAUAAAACACGAUAGAAUAGCGUGUCAGUGAAGAGUUCGCAGACAGAAGUGUGGAGUGCCAAAUCAGACUAGAACCUCAGUCAUCUUUGCUGUUGAAUGUGUUUGUAAUAAUAAUUGCUCCCUUUCUGUUCUUUGACUUGGAAAAGACAACAAAGGUGGAUUGAUUGUUGGAGGUUCUGCUCCAGACUGAAAGCCUACACCAAAAUAAUUGUACUGUUCUUGUAAAAAAAAGAAACAAUUUGCUGUCUUUUUAAGAACAAAGCAAUCCUGCCAUGUGACAAGGUCCCUUUCCAAUCAUUAAAGUUAUAUUUAUCUCUCAUCUGCAUUCACCGCAACUGUUCCUCUGAUUGAUUUUAACUAUACAGUGAACUCUGGCUGACCCCUGCUGGCUGUUCUGGUCAAAUACACUCACACAAGACAAGGACACUUUCAACAACACAACAUUUCCAUUAUCAAGCCAAAAAGGAUUUAAAAUAUGCACUAGGUUGUAGCUAUGAUGCUUAUUCAGCAUAUGUCAAAUGAAAGCACUGGUUCAAAGUGUUCUUUCUAAAAAAAAAAAAAAAAAAAGAUUUUACAAGAAUGUUACUAAUCAAGAAAAUAAAACAUAUUGAUGAUUGCUCUUUUGUUAAUUUUCCUUGUUUUUUCAUCCUUUCAGAGGUGGAGCAGAUCGAGGCCAUUGCUAAGUUUGACUAUGUGGGUCGCACUCCCAGAGAGCUGUCCUUUAAGAAGGGAGCGUCUCUGCUCCUGUACCACAGAGCGUCUGAAGACUGGUGGGAAGGACGCCACAAUGGCGUGGAUGGCCUUAUCCCGCAUCAGUACAUUGUAGUGCAAGACCUGUGAGUAUAAUUAAUGUACGCUUUAGGUGCUGUUGUUGAUGCUCCUGCAUGUGUCAGGGAUGUCUGUCUGUCCUCUUCUCCUUCACUUUUUCACAAACUGACCUCAGGAUGAAGUAAUUUAAUUUUGCUAAGAAAAGGUCAAGUAAGCUGUCCCGUUCUCGUGAGCACAACAUUUUAAAAGUUUAGCUUACACCCACUCAAGUAAUAUUAGAUGAUCUGAAGGUCAUCGCAGAAGAUUAUACUCCAUUCUGACAAAUACACAGAGUAUUCACAAUUUCCCAUUAAUGAAGCUUUGUGUUAGUGCAGGCAGGACAUGUACGUCAUGCACCUCAUCUGUAUUCAUCCAAAAGCCUGCUGGUUGAAUUCCAUCUUGUAACCUGCUUCACAUUAAUCACCACAUAUUCACACUGAGGUAGUCCCUGUGAAUGGGACUUCUGUCUCACCAUCCCUGCCACACCAGAGCUGCAUCUUUUCUGUCUGAAGCCUUUGGUCGAUCUGUAGCCCAGGGCUGUGUACAGUGCCCAGCGUAAGUCAGUACACCCCCUAUGAAAAGUAAUGUAUUACUCAAUAUCUAGAUGAGCAAAAGUACAAUUUCCAAAGUUUUGACAAAGCUGAGUUUUAUAAUAAGCGUAAUAUGGUAACUAAAAUGUAUCUUUGCUCCAGGAACUUUGAUUGGGGUGUACUUAUUCUUGAAUGCUGAUUUUAAACUGAAAAAAAAAACAAAAACUUUUUUGUAUGCAACUUAAAUCUUUUUUUGCAAUCAAUGGCCUACAUUUGGGGAAGUAUUUUGUUGUAUAGUCUGACAUAGAAAAUGUUGAUUUUGAAAGGAAACUAAAGGUUUUCUGACAACUCAAGGGGUUUACUCAUUUAUGCUGAGCACUGUAUAACCUAUGCAUGCACAACACAUACAAUAUCACUUUAUCUCUGCGCUGGUUUGCCAACAGAGCUGUCAAUCACAACGUCACAUCUCCUUUUUUAAAUCAAAUAUGAAAUUAAAACUAAAGUUAUUAGAGAGACUAACUCUGCAGCAUAAAUCAGUGUGAUAAAACUAAACUAUAACAAAGAAAAUCAUGUUUGAGAAAAGUUUGUUUAACAUGUAUUUGAAAUUAAUGACAGUAUUACACUAAAGCCUCACAUUGGAUCAGAAAAUGCUUUUCACCAUUUGAAUGAAUGGCCAUAGAUAUGCUCUGUAUAUUGUAUGUGCGUACUUGUGUGUUUGCUCCAUCAAGCACGAGUGUCUUCUGCUCUUUCAGGGAUGAUGCUUUCUCUGAUAACCUCAGUCAGAAAGCAGACAGUGAAGCCAGCAGUGGACCAUUACUGGAUGAUAAAGGUUCAUCCAAAAAUGAUGCUCCAUCACCAUGUGAACCAUCACCUGACUACAACUUUGGAGGGGUCAUGGGGAGGUAGACACCAGAAUAGCUUUACCAACUUUUUUUUUUUUUUCUGUUAAGAGACUUAUUUCUCAAUUAUUGUCACGAUCCGCUCUUUGUCUACAGGGUAAGAUUAAGGUCUGAUGGGGCUGCAAUCCCACGUCAUAGAGGUAAUACAGACACCCACAGCCCCACUCGAGUUGCUGACACUCCUCCACGAGCUGCAGCCUGCCCCAGCAGCCCCCAUAAGGUGUCCAUCAACAAAGCCCGCAUCGAGAGCCCAGAAAAGAGACGUCUUGGCACAUUUGGUAGUGCAGGAAGCAUCAACUAUCCAGACAGAAAGGCGUAUCCUGAGGGCCACCCUUUGAGGCCGGUGCCAGGGGCCACUCGACACAGCAGCCUCGGGGACCACAAAUCACUGGAGACUGAAGCUCUGGCUGAGGUAAAGGUGGGAAAUGUUAGCUAGAGGCACAAGUGUUUAGAAAAUGUACAAAACAAACUGGUACAAUUUGAUUACGUACAUAUCUGCUCGGCUGCUUUGUGGUCCCAGAACCAGACUUGAUAUAUGAAGUGUCACGUAAUUAUAGGACAUAAAUUGAUUGGAAAAGAUUGGCGGAACAGAGCCAGGCCCCCUGAUGUGGCUGUCAGUCUGAGAGCAGCAGCUGGGACUUAGAGUAAAUGUCAGAGUUAGACUGCAGCUGUGUGAUGGACGCACACCUCAAGGACACAGAGGGCUGGAGAUGAAUAACAAGCCGAGGAGCGCUGAAACAAACAGUUUUCAUUGGUUAAUAGCUGCAGCAGUGGGAUCCGAACCCAAUCAAUAACAAAAUGUUCUAUGUGCAAAAGAACUUGACUAGAACUGAACAUUAAUUUUUAAAAUGCCAUACAAGUAGACUGGAAUUUUUUAUCAGGCCCAGUCAGGCAUUUUUUUCAGGAUUUCAGGACCGUGUCCUAACAUUAUGAUGCUGAGUUAGCGAGCUUUAAUGAUGUAUGUCUUACAGAGGUUAUUGGGAUCUGCAGCUUACAUUGUUGGAUAAUGAAAGGGGAAUUAACGAAACUUAAAUGUGGAAAAAGUCAUCUUGCUGACAAUAGUCAAUAAUAAUGUUACAGGCACAUUGGGUGGAGAUAAAGAGCAUAAAAGAGUGAUCCCAAACCACUUUUUUCAGAGUGUUGUCCUUACUGAAAGGGAUAUUCCAAACGCAUAUAACAAUACAGAGAGCCACGCGCUCAACCAAAACACCACUCUAUAGCCACAAAUAAUGCUCAGAACAGCACCUAACUUCAUCAACAGUACAUAUAGGGUCCCAGCCAUAGUGCUAGCCACCAAACAUCUUUUUAACUUUGCCUAAUUUCUUUAGCAAAGAGACUAAACACAACUCACCUACUCUCUUCCAACAGCAGCUUGUUUGUAGGGAGACCUCUGGGCAGGUCCAUUGACUGCAGCGGGGUGACGCAGCUUAAGGAAGAACAUUUAUGAUCAUUUCUUUAUCAUUUCCUUGAAGUAAUAAUCAUCAUAUUAAUCAUUUUGCACUGCAGAUGCGGUAGUUCUUCUGCCUUAGUGUCUCAGUCUGAUUGCAUUUCCAUGAAGAAAUGAUCAUAAAUGUUCUUCUGUGAGCUGCGUCCCUGCGCUGCAGUUGAUGGACUCACCUGGAGGUUUCCGUACAAACAAGCGGCUGCUGGAAGAGAGUGGGUGAGUUGUGUUUAGUCUCUUUGCUAAAGAAAUUAGGCAAAGUUAAAAAGAUGUUUGGUGGCUAGUACUAGGGCUGGGACCCUAUAUGUACUGUUGAUGAAGUUAGGUGCUGUUCUGAGCAUUAUUUGUGGUUAUAGAGUGGCGUUUUGGUUGAGCGCGUGGCUCUCUGUAUUGCUAUCCUGCGGUCGUUACUAAAGUUGGUAUAACUAGAAAAGCAAGCGGCAACAUUCAUCUCUUGAGGGUGUGUCUAACUCGGUGUUAAAGUGUGAUUGACCCUAAAUUAAUUUUACGCCACAAUAUCCCUUUAAGUUUGUUUUCAUUCUGCACUAUUGUGAACAAGGGAAAGGAAAUUCACGUUUUUCUUUGAGUCUUGAAUGAACAUUUUCAAAUGUUUAUCAAACAGAUGUCACUGAUGUGUCUUUGUCACCUUUAUCCCAAUUCUUCCAGGACAUAGAAAAGACCAUGACCACAGCCCUCCAUGAGCUUCGUGAGCUGGAACGACAGAACACAGUGAAACAGGCUCCUGAUGUGGUCUUGGACACUUUGGAGCCCAUGAAGAACCCUGUCAGCUCAGAGCCCGGCAGUCCUCUGCACACCAUCAUGAUCCGCGACCCAGACGCAGCCAUGCGCCGCAGCAGCAGCUCCACCUCAGAAAUGAUGACCACCUUCAAGCCCGCCCUGUCCGCUCGCCUGGCUGGGGCUCAGCUACGCCCUCCACCCAUGAGGCCGGUGCGCCCUCCUCCCACCCAGCACCGCUCCAGCAGCUCUAGUUCUUCAGGGGUCGGCAGUCCUGCUGUAACUCCCACAGAGAAGAUGUUUCCGAGUAACAACACAGCUGCUGGUUCUAAUAUAAACACAUCCGGGGAUGCUGGUGAUAAAUCUGGUACCAUGUAGCGAAGGUGGAAUCUGAAAGUUGGGAAGGUUUUAAAACUUUCUGCAUGAGGGGAAAGCUUAUGGACAGAGCGCUGAUGUGAAAAAGGAGAUAGCACUUCCCUCUGUGUUCUGCUUCACUUCUUCACAUGUAUUCAGGAAGCUCUUAAAGCAAGUAUAUAGUGUGUUACUUAAGUGAUAAAACGGUGCAAGAAGCUGCAGAGGCGCGAUAGUGUAAAGCUUGUAGAAACUUGAUUCAGCUGCAGAGUGUCCAAGCACACAUGUGUUUCAGUUUUACCUCAGUUACAUAGAUAACAGUGAAUGCAAGUGAAGCAAUACUUGUGUGAAAUCUGGUUUCCACUCAGCAGACGUCGUCCAGCUACAUUUGAGUCCCUCCUGGUGAUGAGUACAAAAUAAUAUCUGGAUGGGCGUGUGCAAGCAUUCAGGAAAUAUACCGUGUCUGUCUGCCAUUUUGGUAACAGCCCAAUGACUGUACAUACAAUCUUACUUGAAGUCACCAUAAGUUCUUUUUGUACAAUAAUACAUUGGAUGUUCAUCAAAGUAACAACUAUGGGACAUUAUAUUCUUCUGCAUGCAGUGUUUGGGGGUGAAAAGGGAAAAAAUCAAACCUUACAUCAUUAAGAAAUUUGGAAUUGAAUUUUAGAUAUUCAGAUAUUUGACAGUAUUAUUCUUAAAAUCAUCAACAUAAGAGGCUUAUGGUAGCAUUAACAUUUUCCCUCAAGUGCGCUGCAAAAAGAAAAUUAGCAUGAUCACUGAAAACUUGAACAUUGCUGAUCAGGACUUUACAAAACAUGUCAUGCUCAGUAGGACAGGACUCUGUGUGUGUCCUUGUAUGUCCCUCAAAAUAAUGCAGAAAAAUAAUACACCAAUAUGGAAACCUGUGGUAAACUUGUAAAUAGUAUAUAGCUAGUUCUUUUUUAGUGUUAAUUUUGUACAGUAAAGAAGAAGUAAAAGGGAUGACUGUGGAAGUAAUUUGAGAACAAAGACGUCUUUUAUCAUCUUCAGUAAACUGCAAGAAUGUUCUGUAGGAAAAAGAGUUCAAAUGAUCUAACUUGUUCUGUGUGCUUAAAAUGCAUUUGGGAAAAAUAAUAGAGGAUUGGACCGCUGAUAGGCAGACAACGAAGACAGAUUUUUUUUUGCAUCAUGUUUUUACCACAUAAAUUUCUCGGUCAGAUUUGAAGCUGGGACUGUUGCCUCUUCAAGUCUUGCCUGGGGGAUUUUAUUGCAAACGAGACAUUGAAUUGUAACAUUUCAUAGGUCUUCUUUCAAAUGUAAAAUGUGACGCGUACCCAGAGGAACCCAAGAAGCAAAUGUGAAACAUCCUCUUCUCACGUCUGUCCUCUAGCUUCCCACCUUUUUUUUUCCUUACCCAUGUUGAUUGACUCAGUUACGCUCUGAUUGCAGACUUUUUUCAUCGGAAGAAAACUUCAAAGAAAACAUUUCAGUGCUUUGAUUAACUUUUACCUCUCUUAUCAUUCUGACAGCUCUGAUCCAGAGACCGUGUUAUUCGCAUCCCAAAGAGCUUGCUCUUUUCUGCAUGUUUUGCGCUAUAGCGCCUGACUCAUCCUCUGGGGCAGUUCAUGGCUGUAUGCGGUGCCUUGCCUUGGUGAAACGCACAAGGAAUUGCAAUUAUGGAUGUUUUUUUUUUAUUUUCCUUGAGAAACAGGCCUUAAAAUUAACAGGGAUCGGGAAUGAUAAUUUCUGCUGUUUGCUGCAGUUACUUAAAUACAAGGACUGAAAGAGAAAAAUGCUAGAUAGAACUAAAGGUACCUACAUAUUAGCAUGUAAAGCAAGCUCUAAUUCCACUUUUAGCUCUGCAGCAAUAAUCAGAUACAAAAUGUAAGCUGAAAAUAACUGCUUCUCCCUCUAUGGGUUAUUUGUUACUGACAGAUCUAUAAAUGUCCAGAAUGGGAAGGGGGAAUUAGAAAGAAAAGAAAGUUAUGCAAAGAGGAAAACAGCAUUUAAAAUCAUACAGUGCGCUUACACCCUCUGGUGGUUCUUGCUGGUAUUGCCUCUUGAUAACGUCACCUCGCGUAGGUAUUACCAGUAUGAUCUUCAGCUCGUUUUACAAUCACUGAGCUUAUUCAUAUAGUUCUAUUUGUCCGUCCUGUUUACAGUUUUGCACCAAGAAAGCACAGAAUAUCAAAAGGUGGACUUCUCAUAUUUAACUAACUAGACUGUUUUGGGGUUUUUUUUGUAAUUUAUAGACACUUGUUUAAAGUGGUGCAGAAAUUUUGAGUGCCUUUUGUGCACAACAUCAUUUUUAUUGGACUUUUAUAUUUUAAUUUUUUUUUUUUACUGUAAUAUUAUUGUCUAUUAGUUGUCAUGUUUAUUAUAAACCAAUGUUGCUUCUUUUAAUCUUUACUUAUUGCUACUUGUGGAAAACCAUCAUAAGGGAAACAUAGUGUAAAGUUAAUCCUCUGGUGAAUUACGAAAGAAAUCACCAUUGAAAGCUUGUCUGUGCUUGAGUGGAACCUAAAGAAAUAAAAGUAAACUACUGUAUACAUGAUUUCUACUGGCAAAGAGCAGUAGAGUAACCUCAUGAUAUUUUCUGUCAUCUUUUUGUUCUCUGUGUGAAAUGCCUGUGCUGUGGUUGAGCCGUAACUCUCGUACGUUGUUGCAGAAAUGUUGGAAAUGGCAGGACUCAUGGACCCGCUACCUGUGGCGGUAAUAAAGCACUUGAUGCUCUCUUGUUUCCCCUACAUGUGAUGUGACAUGGACAUUUUCUCUCUAUGCCGAAAUGGGUAACACUGUUGGACAGAAGAUUAGUAUUCAAAGGAGACUUUACAGUGAGGGGUGGAGUGUGAGUAGUUGUCACGCUGUUAACCUUCUCUUUAGUUGUUUGUCUAGUGAUGCUGUUUGUCGAUGAGUGUCUGGAUGUUUGAAACCCUGUGAAGUAAUGUACACCAUACCACUGACUGGUUGUUGAAAAACCUUGAGUCCAAAUAAAACCAUUAUUGCUCUGUGAAGUAUGA